GUGCAUGAAAACAAAAGCUACAGCGGACUAGCCAGAAUAAGCUGUGUAAGGUAGGAUGCAUUAAUCUAUUUUAUCACUUAGCAAAUAUUUUCUCUGUGAUAUAGUGAUUUAUAGUGUAUUUACUAAACUCCAUCCUGUGGAGUAUUAAAAUCCAAUGGUAAGAUUAAGACUACAAAAGACAAUCUCUGACUAUAGUAGUACAUUUUCCCUUUUUUGCUAUUUUAGCUUAAAUGUUGUAAUUUACUUUUUAAUGCACUCCAAUUUGGAGUUUAAGGAAUAAACUAAUAUACAAAGAAAUAUGUCAUAAUAAACAAAGUGCACUUCUCAUUGGAGGUGAUAUAUUACAAUGAAAAUAUGAUGUUAUUUGUCUAUGAAAGAAUCAAAUUUACUACAUAUUUUAAUUUUAAAUAGAAAAUGAAUUCUCCUUUAACAUAGCUGCAAAAAUAUAUAAGUGUAUUCUUUGUGUUAAUUAUAAUUUGGAAUAUUUGUUAUAAAAUUAUUAGCAGUACUUUUAAAACAAAGAAAUCUGAAUUGAAAUACACUUAAGAGAAAUUGAAGUUUUAUACAGUAUCAUAGACCCAUGGAAUAAAAUAUUUUUUUACAUGGUUACAUCUUUCCAUAUUGUACAGUCCUAUUAAUAAUACUGUGUAAAACAUAAACAUCCCUGGAUAUAUGUAUAAUAUAACUAACUGCUGCAAUCAUCGGACAGGUUUAUAUGGUGGGCAUAUCACCCCAGUAAAGGUAAUUUGACUUCUUUCUUUUUAAUAUACCUUCUAGAUGCUAAGAGGCCAGCAUAUUGUGAUAUAUGUGCAAGCCCAGAAUAUGAAUUGCCCCCCUGCAAUGUUUCCUAACUAUGAUGGGGCAGAGGGAGAGAAAAUUGAAUCAGAGAGAUAUUAUAGAGGGAAAGCAGAGAUACUGCUGGGGAAACAAUAUGCUGGCACUGGGAACACAGUAUGGGGAAUUCAAUAUUGGGGAGGGGGGAGACAAUAUGGAGGAAUAAUCUAUGGGGGCAGGGAAAGAGAAAGUAUGAAGGAACACUACUGGGGGAGACAGAGGUGGCCUUAUGCUGUUAGGCACCCUGUGCAAACAUCUUCAUAAUGCCUGGUAAACCCUGGUUAUAUCCCUUCACCUAUGUAUAGUGUGUCUGUAUAGGGGUGUUGUGUUUGUAUAGAUUUCCUAAAUUAAUAAUUAUUUAAAAACAAAUAUUCAUUCUCCUUCCCUAUUAUUACCUAAACUGUGUUACUGUGUACCAUUUUAUCACAGAACUCCAGAUGUGUAUUUAAUUCAGAUAAAAAUAUGCAUGUAGGCCCAUGUAUGAAUUCAGGUGUAUAUUUUUGCAGAGUUGCAUGCACACAGUCCCACAGUCAGAUGCACACAGUUAUACAUAUAUACUGUCAAAUACAGCCACAUGCACACAGUCCCAGGCACAUAGUCACAGCCACAGUUACAGGCAGACAGUCAUACACACACCAGUACAGGCAGUCAGACACAUACACAGGCACAGGCAGCCAGGCUCACACUCACACUCACACACAGUUACAUGCAGUCACACACAGUUACAAACAAUGACAAACACACACAGGUACAGGUGGACCGUCACAUAUAGCCACAGAUACAGUCACACACACAGACACAGUUACACAGUUACAGUCAGACACACAGUUACUGUCAGACACACAGUUACAGUCAGACAGUCACACACACACAUGCACACACACAAUGUUAUAGAUAGAUACACAAAUACAGGAAAACAGUAAACUUAUAGGCACUGGCUGGAGAGGGGAGCAGGGCACUGCAAUACCUGGAUCUAAUAGUUGGGACAGCAGUGACUCCUUCCUGCUUUUCCCUCUUAGUAUGCAGAAGCUACCAGGCAGCUGUGGCCUGCUUUAUAGAAGUGCUCUAUGCACCCCCUCACACCUGUCAUUCUGGGAGAAUGUAAGCUGUGUUCGCCACAUGGUGCCCCUGCUGCUAUGGUGCCCUGUGCGGCCGCACAGCUAGAAGAACCCUAAGUCUGGUGUUCUGUCACAUUUCCUUACCCAAUAAGAUUUCCCUAUCCCACGUCACAUCCAGUUACAUAGAUUAGUUGUACAGGCACAUGUGACAUUUAGGGUUAAGUGAGGAUAAAAUUAGGGUUAGGUAAAUGAAUGUAACACUCAUUCACAAAUAACUUACCCUAACUCCCAUGCUCCCAGCCUCCAUCAGAUUUCCAUACCCGUCAACAGGGGCGGACUGAGAACCCUCAGGGCCCCCGGGCAAAAUAAAUCAAGGGCCCCCUUACAGGCCCCACCCAUACUCUGCAGCAAGCUCCACCCUUGUCCCGCCUCCAGCCACACCCUACACAAUCUUUAGACACAAAGAACAAAAGGGCAAUAAGCCCUUCGAGGCCCCAGUAGAGACUACAAUUGAGGGCUAAUGGGCCAUGGAGGGGGGUCUUUCUAGCGGAGGCUAUCUCAGUGUCCUUUAGAGAGUGUGUUAGAUAGAAUCCCCUCCAAGCCCCAUUAGAGACUACAAUGGAGUCUAAAAGGCUUGGAAGGGGGUCUUUCUAACAGAGGCCAUCUCAGCGUCCAUUAGAUAUCCCCUGCUGGAAACAGUCGCCUCCAGGCCCCAGUAGAAACUACAAUUGAGGCUAAUGGGCCAUGGAGGGGAUUUCUAGCAGAGGCUAGAGUCUAAUGGGGCCUGGAGGGUGGUCUCUCCAACACUCUGGUUCCUAUUCACAAUAUAGCAACACAACAUAGCUCGCUGAUACCUAAGCCAAGUUGGCUCCUCUUACCUUAAUUACUGUUGCUGGCUGGCAGUCUGUGGGCUUACUGGCUGCGGCUGGCAGGCUGUGGGCUUGCUGGCUACUGCCGGCAGGCUGUGGGCUUGCUGACUGCGGCUGGCAGGCUGCGGCUGGCAGGCUGUGGCUUGCUGGCUGUAAGCCUGUGGCUUGCUGUAGGCCUGUGGGCUGGCUACUGGCCUGUGGGCUGGCUACUGGCCUGUGGGCUGGCUAACUGGCUGGCUACUGGCCAGCCUGUGGGUUGGCUGGCUGGCUACUGGGGCACUUGUAGAUUAUUUAAAGAAAUAAUCCAUGCACAAUAACCACUACUGCUCCAGAGUAAGUAGUCAAAUCGUUUAAGAACAGUUUGACAACUUACCUGGGGUCUGCUGGGAUAUGAGGCUGUAGUAGGGAAUAGGAGCAGUGGUGCAAUGUGUGUGAAAGGUUCAGUGUGUGUGUGGGGGUGUAGUGUGUGAAUGUGUGGGGUGUGUGGGCAGUGUAUGUGUGUGGCAAUGUUAGUAUGGGGGGCUGUGUAUGGGGGGCUGUGUAUGGGGGUCUGUGUGUAUAUGGGUGGGCAGUGUAUGUGUGUGUGUGAGGCAAUGUGUGUAAAUGUGUAUGGUGUGUAUGGGGGCAGUGUGUGAAUGUGUAUGGUGUGUGUGUGGGGGCAGUGUGUUUAUGGGGCUAGAGUUCACUCUCACCACUGCGACCACCAGGAAUCCAUGGGGUUACAGUGUUGAGAGUGAACUCUAGCCCGUAGCUCCAGGGCUAGAGUUGACUCUCGCAAGAGCAGUAACGUUGCCAUGGUAACCGCGGCAGCGCUCUGUGCUCGCGCAAGAAGGACCCAGAGGAGCUGCAGGGUGAUCUCCCAGGUCCUCUCUUCCUCCCCUGCCCGCACGGUGCCUGCGGACAGGGGAGGGCGGGGCAUUCUUCCCUCUCUUUCUCCCCCCUCCCCCAACUCUCUAUUCCUCCUCUUUCUCCCCGUGUCUCAUUCUUCCCUCUCUGUCUCUUUCUCCCCCUCCCUCUAUUCUCCCUCUUUCUCCCCGUGUCUCAUUCUUCCCUCUCCCCAUCUCUCUAUUCCCCCUGUGUCUCAUUCUUCCCUCUCUGUCUCUUUCUCCCCCUCCCCAUCUCUCUAUUCCCCCUCUUUCUCCCCGUGUCUCAUUCUUCCCUCUCUGUCUCUGUCUCCCCCUGUGUCUCAUUCUUCCCUCUCUUUCUCCCCAUCUCUUUAUUGCCCCCCCUUUCUCCCCCUUCCCCAUCUCUAUGUCCCCUCUCCCCAUCUCACUAUUCCCCCUCUUUCUCCCCCUCCCAUCUCUCUCUGUCCCGUCUUUCUCCCCCUCCCAUCUCUCCUAUUGCCCCAUCUUUCUCCCCCCUCCCCAUCCUCUCUAUUGCCCCAUCUUUCUCCCCCUCCCAUCUCUCUAUUGCCCCAUCUUUCUCCCCCUCCCAUCUCUCCCUCUUUCUCCCCCCUCCCCAUCUCUGUCCCACCCUCUUUCUCCCCCCUCCCCAUCUCUCCCCUCCCAUCUCCCCUGUUUCUCCUCCCAUCUCUCUGUCCGCCUCUUUCUCCUCCCCAUCUCUUCCCCCCUCCCAUCUCUCUCCCCUGUUUCUCCCCCUCCCAAUAUACUCUCUCUCCCCCUCCCCAUCUCUCCCCCUCUCCCCUGUUUCUCCCCUCCCCAUCUCCCCUCCUCCAUCUCCCCUGUUCUCCCUCCAUCUCUCUCCUGUUCUCCCUCCCCAUCUCCCCUCUUACUAAAGUCAGAGGGGGGCGGCCGUUUGAUGCUGCAGCCGCCGGACUGACCGGUCGGGCACUUCGGACACGGUCCGAGGGCCCGGCCGGGAGGGGGGGCCCGCCGCCAGGGCUGCCUUCAGGGGGCCCGGCGGCAGGGCUGGAUUUGGGGCGGCAUUUGGGGACUGCAGGUGCCACCGGGUGGCCGGUCCGGUGGCACACUGUGAGGGGGGGCCGGCCGUUUGAUGCUGCAGCCGCCGGACCGGGUGGCAGCCUCGCCGGUCCGGCGGCAUUCCUCUCAAUAACGCUGAAGAAGAAGAAGGAGGAGGAGCAUGUGUCUGUCAUGCUCCCUGCGGUUCCCACAAUUCCCAGCACAGGAUGUGGGAACCGCAAAGGAGCCUGACAGACAAAUGCUCCUCCUCCUUCUUCUUCUUCAGCGUUAGUAGGAGGAAUGCCGCCGGACCGGCGAGGCUGCCACCCGGUCCGGCGGCUGCAGCAUCAAACGGCCGGCCCCCCCUCACAGUGUGCCACCGGACCGGCCACCCGGUGGCACCUGCAGUCCCCAAAUGCCGCCCCCAAUCCAGCCCUGCCGCCGGGCCCCCUGAAGGCAGCCCUGGCGGCGGGCCCCCCUCCCGGCCGGGCCCUCGGACCGUGUCCGAAGUGCCCGACCGGUCAGUCCGCCCCUGCCCGUCAAGAGUGCUAGCACACGUGCAGCACAGGGAACAGCUGAUCUGUGUCACUGGAGUUGACGUUGGAUAGGGAAAUCCGAUGGGUAUGGAAAUUUGACAGAACACCGACCCUGGGGGGAGACACUAUAACGGGAAAGAAAGAGGACGGAUAUAGAAAGAAAAAAGAAAAGGGGACAUGGAGAGCCACAAGGAAGGGGGGCAUGGGAAUAAAGUACCUGAUGUUACUCCCAAAUGUGAUGAAAGAAUAUUAAACAAAAAUAGUCAUUUAUUCAUUUAUGUAUGGACUGAUUUCAAAUGUUAGUAUUACAUAGUGUAUUUUUCAUACAUAUCAUCAGGAAGAAUAGUCCAGUGCUCUGGUCUUUAAUUAGGUAUGGCAACAUAGAGUCACAUUGAAAGGUUUACAGUACUGUGACAUUAUUCCAUGCCAAUAAAGCAUUUUUUUAUUUUAAUAUAUUUUCAUCUGAGUACCAGUCUUAUAUGGAAAAAUGUCUGUGUGUAAGAAUGUCUAUGCAUGUCUGUCCCGGUGCUUAAGAGCAUCUGUUUGUGUGUUUUUGUUUGUGCAUGAGUGUGUCUAUAUGUAUUUUAGCAUGUAUUCGAGGGCCUUUGCUAAUGGACAACAACUUCAGUUCAGCUUCAGAGUUAUAUUUUUUAACCUGUAGGCAGCAGUAGCAGUAGCAAUCAUAAAACUGAUCUGUAACAGAGAACUAGUCCAUGCUCUCUUACGCACAGUUCCACUUUGCAACACAAGUGUUCAGAGAUUAGAUUCAGUUUCCAGUCCUCUUUACUGUGUGAAACUGUCUGGAUAUGGGUAGGCUUCCCUUGCAUUAAUGAACUGUAUGUGGUUUCAUUAGCUUACGCUCCAAAAGCUGAAAUGGAUUUAAAAUGGCACACAUGGCUUUAAAAAACUGACCUACCCUGAUCUCUAGAUAUUCUGUCUAUGGCACAUAGAAUAUGAUUGGCAAUCUACCUUAUUUUGACAUUAAUAUACAGGUAUAUUCGUUAACUCUUUUUGUGAAUCAUCUGACUUACCUUUGCUCUGUUGGGGUCAACGUUGGUCCUCUUUGGAUGAAAGCAAUAGUUAUCUACUAAGAUCAUGCACACAUUGAAGGUCUGAAACCAUCCCAGAGUGCAUUUUUGAGAUGACUUGUGCUUGCUCAUAAUUAAAGGAUUCACGAAUGAUCACAAGCUCUUCACAUCAUGUUUUUUUGGGUUAGAUAAGAAGUGAAACUGGGUCAGAUAAUCUGCGAUACUGAUCAAAAAGGACUAAAUGGUAAGCCAGAAGAUGAGGUCAAAAAUGUGUGCAAUAUUUCAUAUUGAAUUGUACUAAGACAUUUUUUUUAACUUAUCACAAUUUAAGGCUAUUUUUCUUGCCUUUUCUUGAUUAGCCAUUAAACAUAUUUUAUCCAAGCUGGCAAUUUCACCUAGCAUUGUGCAAAUUGGUUGCAAUGUCAGUGCAACUCAAAUGGAUUUAAAUAGCUAUUAUAAAAAGCAUUGUAUAUGUAUAUAUUGCUUUAAAAUGUUUUGCAAAGGUUUAAUCAAACUGAUACAGUCCUAUGAUUUCUUCCUGGGUUAUUAAUUUAUGAAGCUUAAUAUUGCACUCAUUUUGUUAAAGGUGAUAUUUAGUUGUAGUCUGAUAUUCAGAACCUUAUCUAAAAAAAAUAAAAAAUAAAAAAAAUUCUGAGAAAAGUAGAGGUGUUAAUUAACAUUAAUAUUUUUCUUUGUGAUCUAAAUUUGGAUAACUUGUAUGUCUGACUCAAAGAGAAAUAUGUUGAUGUUUUGAAUAAAUUGAUCUAAUGUUGAGACAUAUGUAUUAAAGUAAUAAACUGAAGAACUGGCAUGUAAUAGGCAUCCACUUUUUUGCUGCUGCUAUGGUAUUAAGUGACAUUGGUUUGUUUGACGGUGAAGUCUCUAGGCUCUAUAUUGAACAUACUUAUUAUGAACUGCAAUUUCACAGAAUUUUGGCUGAUAAUGUGAUCAUCUAAAUUCCCACUUUCUGAACCACCAUACAGACUAAUCAUAAAUCAAGCUACUCACAUAAUGGGCAAGCAUGUUCAUUUUGAUUCAUGAUUCAAUGUUCUAUUCCUGGCACUAGAGCAAAGGGUGAUGGAAUGAAGAAAAAGCUGAUUUUUUAGUUGGGGCAAAUACGCAGUUUAGUUUGGCAUGGCUCAGAGACCAGAGACCUUGCUCCUUGUUUCCUGCUCCCUGUAUCUUGCUUUCUCCUGGUGGCCUUGUUCGCUGUGUCCCGAUUGUUAUCCCAUGGAGUUCUUGCACCCUGUAUCCUACUUGCUAGCCUUUUUCAUGUGUGACAAUGGUUGUUAUGGUUAGCGCUGUGUCUAAUUCUAGCCACUGACACUUUUGUCUGUUGUUCAGUAAAAAGUAAAAAAUAGGGCAAGUAAAUGUCUUCCCAAGCUACCGUGUCACAGUGGCACUCACACCAAUAGCUUUGCAGACUCUACAUGAACCUUGUGUGUGUGACUAAAGUUUUACAAUUUACAGAGCAGGAGAUAAAAACUUGUAAAGCAAGUUAACAUCAAACAAAAAAUAAACAAACACAAACAAACUUUUUUCCAUUCCAUCCCUUUCUUUUCUGGCACAACGAAUGGCACUGCAAAUCACAAAUCAAAAAGAGCAUGUUUGGGUUUGCGCCAUUUGGUUUCCCCAAGAUUCUGGCACAUGGCAGUUUGGAACUGUUAAUUUCAGAUUAUCAUGUGACCAGAAUAAGUUUAACCAAAUUUCAGUUUUGCCAGAAACAAUUUUCCAAGUCUAUUGUGCAUCAUGCAGACCAGCAGUUUUCAAGCUAGUCCUCAUGCUCCAGCAACAUUACAGGAUUUAUGUAGUUUCUCUUUCCUGUAUCAAUAGACAUGCUGACAAAACGUGGCCUGUUGCUGGGUCGUGUGGACAGUAUAAUUGAUACAGGCAUACUCACUAAAUUUUAUUUUAUAAGUACAAACUUAAUAAGUCACAAAAUACCAAAUUUAAUUCUAGUAAUCACCAAGCUAAUUUAAACGUGUGCUCAUUUUCACACUUUUUAGUCUUAAAUAGAUAAUGAACCCAAUAGGUAUUUUAACUACUUGUCCACUAGCUGCUAGUACUGCCACUGGGAAAAUGUUGAAACAUUUAUCUACAACUUGUAGCAGUCAAAAUUAAAUUGCCAAAUCCAAUAUUUUCAAUGCUAAGUAUACAUAUCGAGUUUUAAAAUGUUUCUAUAUUCUGUAUUCGAACUGGUAUCUAUGAGUUUCAAAUACGCCUUUAACGUCUUAAAUGAUAUAAGACGCAUCAGAAGCUGAUCAACUGCCGAGAAACAAGGUUAGCUGAAAUGCAAUCGAGAAACAUGACUUAAAAUUCGGUAACAACAGUUCUUAAUUUAAAUGUAUAGCUUCUCAUUAUUCAUUGUAACCCAUAAUUCACUAUAAUUCCUCAUAAUACAUCCAUUGGUCACUUGGUAAAAUAUUUUCUUCAAACUUGUUUGAAAUUUUCUGGAAAAUAAUUUUCCUAAAUAUGGGAAUGGCAUUAGAAGGCGCUAGGACUACAAAUCUAUUCUAUUAUUAUUAUUAUGUUAUUUAUAUAGCACCAUCAAAUUCUGCAGCACUUUACAAUGGGUGGACGAACAGACAUGUAGUUGUAACCAGACAAGUUGGACACACAGGAACAGAGGGGUUGAGGGCCCUGCUCAAUGAGCUUACAUGCUAAAGGGAGUUGGAUAAAAUGACACAAAAAGGUGAGGAUAGUAUUAGACUAGUGACAGUUGCAGAAGAGGAAUCAGUCAGGAGCUAUUAACAGUUUAAUUGAUACGCUUUUAUGAAGAAGUGGGGUUUUAACGAUUUUUUGAAGAAGUGGAGACUGGGUGAGCAUCUAACGGAGGAGGGAAGCCCUCGAGAAUAUUAUUACAUACUAGAAGUGUAUGUAAUAAUAUUUAUUUAAUUUAUUAAAUAGCAUGGGGAAUAAAUUGUUCAGAACACACAGCAUUCUAAAUCCAGCCUAUUAUAAAACAGCAAAGUAACACAUUAACAUGCAAAUACUGUAUGAAAACCCACAAAAAGUGAAAGCUGAAUGCCUUGCCUAUAUUUUGUGGUUCAAAAAACUAGAUCACAGAGCUAAGGAGGAGUAAAUAGAGACAGAAACAGAGGAAAAGAUAGCAUUACUGUGAUGAUUUAAUUAAUACCCAAGACGCAGAACUUAGCUUAACAAAACAAAAUAUAACUAGAAUACUAAAGCGUAUUAGGGGAUCUUAGAAUAGCUGGUUUUAACGUUAAUAAAUAGAAUAGUAGAGGAAAGGCCAAGAUCAGUGUUAACGGUACUACAACAGACCAUCAGCCAUGUUUGAUGUAAAAUCUUGACAUAAGCAUUCAUAUCGUUUGAAUUUAAAUUUAGCUAAAAUGAAGAAUUAGCAAACAAUGGUUUGAAAAAUAAGAAUGUUUUUCAAACAUAGCUCGGCUCCAUCCGGCUACUGUAACCCCUUAAGGACGGAGUCAAUUAUACACGUUCUGAUCAAAACAAAAUGUAAACAAAACCUGGAAUUUGCGCUGUAUGUUUGUUCAACCAUAAUUUACCUCAUUCAUAUUAAGUGCAGCCACACUUAUUAUAUAUCAUUUUGUUCAAGAGAAACUGGGCUUUCAUUUUAUUCCAUAUCAAAUAUUAAUAUUUGAAACAUAAUUUAAUAUGAAUAAAAUGUAACCCCUUAGUGACCAGACCGUUUUUCUAUUUUCUUACCAUUAAGGACCGGGGCUACAUUUCUGCGGUGCUUGUGUUUAGCUGUAAUUAUCUCUUUCUCUUACUCAUUUACUGUACCCACACAUAUAAUAUACUGUUUCUCUCACCAUUAAAUGGUCUUUCUAAAGAUACCAUUAUUUUCAUCACAUCAUAUAUUUACUAUAAAUAAAAUUAUAAAAUAUGAUGAAAAAAUUAAAAAAUAAAACACACUUUUUUGAACAUUGACCCCCAAAAUCUGUUACGCAUCUACAACCGCCAAAAAAACACCCGUGCUAAAUAGUUUCUAAAUUUUGUUCUGAGUUUAGAAAUGACCAAUGUUAUCAUGUUCUUUUUUUGGAAAGUUAUAGGGCUAUAAGUACAAGUAGCACUUUGCUAUUUUCAAACCAUUUUUUUUUCAAAAUUAAACCAAGUUACAUUGUAACAGUGAUAUCUGUCAGGAAUCCCUGAAUAACCCUACACAUGUAUAUAUUUUUUAAAAGAAGACAACCUAAGGUAUUAAACUUGGGGUGUUUUGACUUUUCAUGCAACCAUUUUACCACCAAUCUAUGCCAAAUGUAAACAAAACAAAAAAAUAAUUGUGAUUUUUUUUUUGACACACAUAGCAAUUUAAAAAUACACGUACAGAGAACUUUAAGGGUUACUGCCAAAGAACACCCAAAAAUGUAUUCAGGAACCUCUACCGAGUACAGUGAUACCCCCAUGUAUAGGUGUGUCGGUUUCUCUGGAGGCCAAAAGACCUUAUUUGGAGGGUGUGCAUUCCAGUUUUCCAACUUGGAAUUUUCUCAGCUGGUCAUCAUGCACCCAUGUCCUAUUUGGGACAUUUUUGAAGCCAGCCAAUGUAAUAUACCUCUAUCAAACCAUAUAUUUUUAAAAGGUAGACACCCUAGGGUAUUUCAUAUGGUGGUAUUUUAACACUUUCCAUGCACUAAUUCUACCACCAGUCUUUGUCAAACUUUUGUGUAGUCUUUUUUUGUGUGUUAUUUUUCUCUCACAUUGUACUUUAGGCAUACAUUCUCAGAUCCUGUUAUGUGUUACUGACAAAGAACACCCCAAUAUGUGUUCAGCAGCAUCUCCCGAGUACAGCGAUACCACCCAUGUAUAGGUGUGACAGGUUAUCUGGGGGCUAAAAGACCUUAUUUGGAGGGUGCGCAUUCCAGUUUUCCAACCUGGAAUUUUCUCAGCUGGUCAUCAUGCGCCCAUGUCCUAUUUGGGACAUUUUUGAAGCCGGCCAAUGUAAUUUACCCCAUCAAACCAUAUAUUUUUGAAAUGUAGACACCCUAGGGUAUUUCAAAUAGUGGUAUUUUACCACCAGUCUUUGUCAUUUUUUUGUACUCAUAUUGUACUUUAGGCAUGGAUUCUCAGUUCCUAUUAUGUGUUACUGACAAAGAACACCCCAAUAUUUGUUCAGCAACAUCUCCUGAGUACAACAGUGCCCCCAAUGUACAGGUUUUAUGGGCUUUUGCAAACUUACAGGGGUCAAAUGUAGGGCUUUCCGCAUUUCCAUGUUUGCACAUUGAAAUUUGCCAGAUUGGUUUGCAGGGCCUAUGUUGCCUCUGAGACCAUAUAGUAGCCCAGAAAUUUAAAUUAGCCCCAUCAUGGCAUACCAUUUGCAAAAGUAGACAACCCAGGGUAUUCAAAAUGUGGUAUUCCUAGUCUUUUUUAGUAGCCACUUAGUCACAAACCGUGGCCAAAGAUGGCGUUUAUUUUUUGUUUUUCCAUUUUUCACACAAAAACAGAACUUUCAUUGAUGAUAUCAUAUAUGCUCACUGUGAUAAAACCAGGAGAGUGUAUAAAAAUACAAAAUGGUUACUCACAUUUAAGUGGACAGACGCACUGCUGAAUGAUAGGGUGCAAGUGGUAUAAUCCCCACCAAGGAUGCUUUGGAGUAGUAUGUCUCUGGAAGUAAAACUCAGAUGCCAGGUAGUAAAAUAAUAAAAAUGGUAAAAAAGAUAAAAUGGCUAACUCACAACAAAGAAAGUGGCCAAAAUACCUUUAUUAAAUACAGUUAGUUAAAAUUUCCACAACGCGUUUCUACCCUUAGGGCUUUCUCAAGUGGAUAAACAUAUAUAAAUAUAUAUAAUAUCAAGAUACACUUAUAUUACAUAUAUUUUUGUAAACUUUUUUUAUGUAUAUGACUUAUUAAUAUAUGUAUAAUAUAUUAAAAGUUAAUUAAAUCAUCGGAUUAAUAUAUUAUACAUAUAUAAUUUAAUACUACAUGUAUUUUGGUAUUAAUAGAUUAAUACCAAAAUACACUUAUUAUUAAAUUAUAUAUGUAUUAUAUAUUUAUAAUAUGCUAAUCAGGUGAUUUAAUUAAUUUAUAAUAUAUUAUACAUGUAUAAUAUAUUGUGUGAGUGUGUGAUUGUAACUUUUUUUUACUUUUCAGGCAUUAGGGGGGACUGCCUGAACACACUUUUCAGGCAGUCCCCCUAAUGCCUGAACACACUUUUCAGGCAGUCCCCCUGCAGGCAGUCUCAUAGACUGCUUUGCGGCCAUGUGAUUGCGACAUCUGGAGGGCCGAAAUGGAAGCAGGGGAACUGCCUGUCCUGAGAGACAGUCCUCUUGGACCGGGAUCGCCGCAGAUCGCCGGUCCAGGUAAGUCUGCAGGGACAGGGGGGCUAACGAUCGUUACGGCAUGCUGUACCGCCAUAACGGCGUUUAGGCUUAAUAAAUUAAGGGCAGCAUAGUACGCCUUAAUGGCGUUAAGGGGUUAAGUUUGCCCUACACUGCCAGUUUGCAUCUGCUACACCAUAGAUAAGGUUGUGUUUGUCCAGGUAGCUUAUCUUCAAGAUUACUGUCUUCUUAGCUGUUAACCUCCAGAAACACUCAAUAAUCAUGUUUUUAGUCAUGCACAAGUAUAUUAGUAAUGUAGUAAUAUUAGUAAAUAACCAUAAGAAUAUGUAUAAUUGUAAUCCUACUAUAUCCAGAAGCUCUUGUAUUUGCUUCAUCUGUAAUAGGCAUCAUCUAAUAAGGUAAAUAUUUAGCAACUUCUAGCUGCAUGCAAGAAAAUUCACUCCUGAUGUCCAGGAAACAGAAAAAAUGGAAGUUAUAUGCAAGCAACAAUAAUUUAAACACAUUCAGGGAACAAUAUUAGUAGCAUAAUGGUCUAUGGAAUAUAUAAGCAGUGGCAGUAAAAAUAUGGAUGACAAUGUAUCGUUGGACGUCUUAUAUGAAGCCUUUUGUAUUAAUUCUAUUCUAUGCUGUGUUUAUUUUCAGUUCCCGUGCUGGCUGUAUAGGCCAAACAAACAUACUGAGUAGAAGGUCAUAUGCUGAGGACCUACCAGUAGCAGAUUUCAACAAGUUUGCAAUAGUUAAAGCUGCAAAUGCAAUUUCAUGUUUCAGAUUGGCUUAUGGAUGCAAUAGCACAGCUGUUCUCCAAUUUCAUGGUCAUAAAUUGUUGGGAGCUAACCAACGGCUAUCCAGGUGGGACCUAAUGGUAGCAUUCAGCUCCACAUGGCCACUGGACUAUGGUCUUUACGUUAAAGGGACAUCUACUGAAUACAUAGUCUGCCUUACUACACUAAUAAAGCCUUGUAUCAUCUAAAUAUCCUCAACCUAGUGGGUUUAUGCAGGACAUGCAUUUGAAAGAGCUUGAAAGUGUAAAGGUACUCUAAGUCAUAGCCCCCUGCCAUAAUCUACUACCAUAAUCUUCUGCAUCACCAGCUUCUCUGCCACAAUAGUCUACAAAAUUACUAGAACUUGCUGCUCUACUCCUACAACACCACAAAUGACCACAACUGCAUGUGUAACACUCUAUUUGCAUCUGUAUAAAUGCUAAAUGCACAAGUACAUUGUCUUAAGGGAUGGAGCUGUUGUGGACUGGAAUUAUACCUUUAGAACACCUGACAGAACAGAAAAUGGAAAAGAACUGGAAACGAUCAUAUAACUAAUAAGUAUCAGAUAAAAUAUAAAAAUAUUUGGUUGAUGAAAGCUUUUUCAAUAAACAACAAUGAAAUGAGUUGCAUGAGUCUGUUUUUACUACUAAUUAAUGAUAAUAGUGGCAUUACAAGCAAGUUUUAUUGGGAGUAGACUUGAUUCAUUUGAAAGCGAACUGCAAUUCGUCUGAAUUCGUUAUGAUAUUCCAAAAUUCUGAGCUGCUAUGUGGCAGAAUCUCAGGGAAACUGACUUGGGCAAGCCUGAACAUGCUCACAUGCUCAUUUUCAUUUGUUUGAAAGACGUUUUUUUUUUUGAGGUGGAGAGGCAAGCAGCAGCUUAGUUUGCCAUGAUGGAUGUGUGGGAUCGAUCUCCAGGGAGAAGCAAUAAAACAAUUAUACUUCCAAGAAAAGUUUUUCCAGACACUUUGCAGUAGAAAAACUUUAAGCUGGAUGUGACGGACCGCCUUUCACCCUGACUGCAUACCUCCGUCAAGCUCGCUUCCUAGCUCUCUUCUGGGACACAGAAGUGCUUCAGCCCCUAGCUGCUGCAGCUUGGCCGGGGUCUCUCCAUUGCUUCCCGCCCUGGAACAGGGUCCUGGGUACAGCUUCUAGUGAUUAAACUCUCCAGCAGAGAGUAUAGCUGAUCCACCCAAACACUAUCCCAGAGUGAGUGAAGGGUGUAAAGGAACUGGUUUAUUAUGGCCAAGUUACCAGCUUUUAUACACAGCCCCCAGCAUGAGGGUCUCCAUUCAAUACAAGACAAGCCCCUCCUAUAAAUCUCUGUGCCUGGGAGAUAACUACGUUAAAGACCGGUAAGUUAAUUAUCUCCCAGGAACAGAGAAGCAAGCACAAAAAAAAUAUAAAACAUAAAAAUACCCCAAAAUAUCAUAAAAAUAUCUACACUGGAAAAAAUUAUAAACUCAACACUUUUGUUUUUGCCCCCAUUUUUCACGAGAUGAACUCAAAUAUCUAAGACUUUUUCUCACUCACCUCUCCCUUCAAAGUUGUUCCUAAAAUUGUGAAAGUAUUGUAAAAUCGGGUGGUGAAUCAGAAAGUAAUUCUAAUAAAAUUUCUCCUGCAGCUGCUUCUGCCCCAUUUUUCCAAUGUCUUUCAUUGUAGUAGUUUCACCUUGCCUUACUGCUUGUUUCCUCCACAGAUGAGAUUGGGAGAAGCUCAUAGGUUGCUGUUUUUUCCCCCGCACUUAAUGACCACCAUUGGCACUACAGAUGGAUUUAUGAGAACGCUUCAUUAUUCUCAGGGUGGAAGGGUUGAGUUGGUUGUCAACUGCCCACUCACAUAUUCCUUUCAUUUUUGGAGGCAUAUUUUAGCAUUAUUAACAGCUCAAGCUACGGGUGUUUUUGAGGGAGAUUGCAACAAGCAGAAUAUAUCAUGGUUAGGUGCUUUUAAUAAGUGACCUUUUGGGGAAGAAAGUUUAAGUAAAGUACAAAUUAGAGAUCUAAGGAAGCUGAUGGCAGCCUAAACAGGUACCCAUUUUAAAAGUGUUACAUUAAAGAGAUUGUACACCCUUUUCAAAGAUCAUGUGACAUGAAGUUGCUAUGUAACUCGUGAUAGGAUGUACCCGGACUUGUUUCUCCUCUUCUGAGAACCCCAUUUUAUUUAAAGAAUUGGCUGCUUUAGACCCUUUCAUCAUGCCCAUCAUUAAGACUGCAGCCUGUUUAUUAAACAAAGUUUCUACAGAAAUUCUCAGUUUAAGUUAUGUAUAUGCUUAGUUGCUAACCCUAUUUGUGGUCAAUAAAUAUGCAUUUUGUUAGUAAAGGGACACUAUAGUCACCUGAACAACUUUAGCUUAAUGAAGCAGUUUUGUUGUAUAGAACAUAUCCCUGUAGCCUCACUGCUCAAUCCUCUGCCAUUUAGGAUUUAAAUCCCUUUGUUUAUGAACCCUAGUCACACCUCCCUGCAUGUGACUUGCACAGCCUUCCAUAAACACUUCCUGUAAAGAGAGCCCUAUUUAGGCUUUCUUUAUUGCAAGUUCUGUUUAAUUAAGAUUUUCUUAUCCCCUGCUAUGUUAAUAGCUUGCUAGAACCUGCAAGAGCCUCCUGUAUGUGAUUAAAGUUCAAUUUAGAGAUUGAGAUACAAUUAUUUAAGGUAAAUUACAUCUUUUUUUUUUUCAUGCAGGCAUGGUCAAUCAUAGCCAGGGGAGGUGUGGCUAGGGCUGCAUAAACAGAAACAAAGUUAUUUUUUUUUUUUUUUUAAAUUCUUUAUUUUUAUUGUGCACAAGAUAACAUAAAAGCCGACAAUGCCACAACAGCAUAGUACAAGCCCAUUAAAGCAAGAUUAUUCACAUAGAUGGCAUAGGGUUAUUGGCACAUUUUGUAUUUUUAAAGAUAAACAUACAUCGAGUUGUAAGUUACCGAAAUGACAGGUAGUAACAUCAUUGAAUGAAACGUAGUGGGUUUUAUGCGAGUAACUUAAUAGAAUGCAUAUUCUAACAGCAUGGCUGGUCUGAAUAGUGCUACACAGCUAACUGGUCCAAAAUAGGCAUUGAGGUGGCUUGUUAUGCUAAGCCUAUUAUAAUUAAAUAAGUAUAUGAGGAGUGCAAUACUCAGUCGUUUAACUAAUGGCUUGUCUAAUAACCUAGGUGCUUCCAAAGGCUGUUAGUGAGUAAGUUUAACGGUAUGCUGUACUAUCGAACUUAAGAUGUAGACAUGCUAGUGUUAAAUGGUGUUUGUAUGAACAUUAUAUCACCCUGGCUGGAAUAAAGUUCUUAGGUUGGUUUGCGUUCCAGGGCUUUUCGGCUCGGCGGGUCCGUGCGGUCGGGAACGAGUGUUCUCUAAUGCGGGGGUUCGAGCAGCGCCCCUCCGGGAGUGUUGCUGUGUUGCUCGUUGGUAUCUUUUGGGCUGCUUUUCCGGCUGGCCUUGGGUACCUCUUCUGGAUUUCCCGAGGUGAGCGCCUGUCAGGACGGAUGUUUGGGCACUGUGUGAUACAGUUGGCUGCUGGAUGAGACCGCUGUUAUGGCCGCCGAUGAAUGUUGUCGGCCUUGCUGUGGGAGUUCCUUGGUCUGUUACGAGGUUGGCAGUCUCUGGCGGUGGAAGGUCGGGUGCAGUGUGAGCUGGUUCCGCUGCCCUUAUGGCUUGGGCUCGGCCUCCUCUGCUGUUCGCCUGUGGCGAGUUCCGUGUAGUGGGCUGGUAAGUAGUCGCUUGUGGGGUUGCGGUGUCUAGUGUAAGGAGCUUAAGUUCUUCUGGCCCCUUGGGCUCUUGUCCAGAGACCCAGUUUGUUGCUCCACUCCCUGCGAGGGCGCACUCUCUCUCCCCGGCCCCAGCGCACAUGGCAUCCGCCAUCUUGGAUGUCGUGUUCAGGCCUUUGAGCGGGAUGGUAGUACCUCUGGACCCUGGAUGUGUAGCCUCUGGGUGAGGACCGGGAUCACCCCCGCCGGUCCAGAGGGGGGGGGACAGGGCCAGGACCGCCCGGGUCUUGAUCUCCGGCUUCGUACCAUUAGGCGGGAUAGUGGGGCAGCGGCCGUCUGUCCCUCUCACCGCCGGCGUAGGCCCCAACUUAUUCGUUGCGGGCUUCACCUCCUGGGGACUGUAGCUCCGGUAGCCAGCCUCUCCCAGGAUCCGGUAACUUCGUGGUUCUGAAGACCCUUGCUGCCGGUCAGUAGUUGGGUCAUUUUCCAUAAUUUUUAAAGCAUAUUUGUGGGUGUAUUGCAGGAGCUGAACUCAUGUGCGACCGUCCAGCUCGGCGGUCCGGCCCCGCCCCCCCAGAAACAAAGUUAUUUAACUCCUAAAUUGAGCAGUGAAAUUGCAGGGGAAUGAUCUAUACACUAAAACUGUUUUAUUUAGCUAAAGUAAUUUAGGUGACUAUAGUGUUCUUUAAGAUGUGUUGAUAUGGUUUGAUAAUAAAAUGUACAUUUUCAUUGAGUGUUCUUGCACUGCUUGCUUGAGUCUAACGGUGACUGCAACCACAGCAGACACAGUUAUUAUUAUUAGCAUUUAUAUAGUACCAACAUAUUCUACAGUCCUUUUCAUUUAUAGAAAAAAAGUUUUUUUUAGAAAUAAAGAAGGCCCUUUCAGGGCGUAGUUAAAUAAAUUAUACUGCAUCACAUUUUGGACUUAUUUUGUUUUUAAAAAUCUUUUUUUUAAUUAUUAUUUUUUACAAGUUGUAAUGGUUUGAAAUUAAUUUAAUUUUACCUUUUUGGACUGAUGAAAAGGAGAGUUAAAUAAAGAAUAUGGUAGGUUUAUUUAUUUUUUUUCAUUUUACAGUUAUUCCAUUUUAUUGCCCUCCUUCACUUAUUAGAUUGGGUACGUAAGGGUUAUUUAUAUUUAAUGGGGGUGGUUAGGGGAUUGGAGAUCCCCAGCCACCCAUGAGAAGGAGGAGGGACACACCACUAUUUGAAGAGCUGAACAAUAGCAUGUCCCUCAUUUUUUAAUUAUUUAGAUCCCCAACCUUCCAUCCAUAGGUAGUUGUUGGUGGCACAAGGUCAUAGUCCUUGAAAAUUAUAAUUAAGGACCUAUGCUGUCAACAAUGGGUGGGGCCCGAGGGGAUUAUACUAGGUUCUCCCCCUUUUAAUAUUAUAAUGUGGACCCCGAUGCUGCUCAUGGGUGGGAACAUGGAAAGGACACUAGGGCAUAAUAAUUAGGGCUCCCACCUACUUCCCAUGUAAGGGGACCAGGGAGGAAUGCUAGGUACCCCCUUAUAUUAAAAUAAUAAUUGUGAUAGAUUCCCCCACUGGUAUCCCCAACCCAAUGCCACCUGACAAGUAGGGGCAUAGUAUAAAAUAGAAUAGUAUAUAAUAUAUAGUAUAGUAUAAUUACUAAUUAAAGUAAUAUAUGGGUCUUAUUGCCACUUUGACUUUUUAUUUUUUUAACUAUUUUAUUUUGUAACUAUUUAAUGUGACUACAAUCCACAUUCUGGCUGGGAUGGGAUGCAUUUGGGUCUGGAUUUCAGCCAUCCAUCAGCAUUUGGUCCCUUUGGGGCUUGAUUUGAAAAAUACGGACAUUGUUAAAUAGUGUGAAUUUGGACUUUACUAAAUAACCCUGACACUGUGCUGUAAGGGAGCUAAAAAAUGUUGGCUCUUUUCCAGGAAGUAUGUAGGGAAGCUGUGUGACUUGCAGCGUGGUUAGAUAUGCCUGACCAAGGGAUUUAACAUCUAAAUAGCAGAUUUGGGCAUUUAUACUGUUUGGUCAUCAUAUAUACAUAAACACCACUUCAUUAAGCUAAAUAAAUGUUGGUGCUUUGAUUGUUCCUUUAAAUAAUUAAUUAGAUUUUAAAUGAAUUGUAAUGAAGUGAAAAAGUAAAAAAAAAAAAAAAGAAAUUGGAAUUUACACUUUGUUUUUCAAUUGGCUUCAAUUUACUAUUUUGUAAAAAAAAAAACAAAAAAAAAACAAAAAACAAGCAAACCCUAACUAAGUAAUUGGAACAGACUUUUGGAAUCUGCAUCGCCGACGCCUCGGAUUUGCAGUCCCGAUCACUUGGCAGGCAGCUUGUUCCCAUGGACACGUAGAUAUUUAAAACAUUUCUACACCCCUGUUUACUAACUACUGUUAGUAAAAGUGCCAGUAACUCCUUCAACGGGCAUCGUGCCUUGUCGACAUUGCUGACGCAUCUCACACUGUCAAUAGAUUUUAGUCAAACAUGUUUGCUGUCUUGAUUACUUUCCAUUUUGGAUUUAUUUACAGAUUGAUGAUGAUUUAGAGUAAGGGUGGGCCAAAGGCAGAACCCCAAAUGUUGUAGAACUUCAACUGUCAUGAUGCUUUGCCAGAUUUUGGAAUGUCAGAGUAUCAUGGAACCUGCAGCUCUACAACAUCUGAAGAUAUACUUUUUGCCCACCCCUAAUUUAUAAUCAUGAAACAAUUCUUUUUCUUAACAAGGCAACAUAAAUAAUAGUUAACAUUUUUGUUCUUUUUGUUUUUAUUAGGACAAAAAUAUGUAGUGUCUUCUGGAUGUUUGUGUCAGUUUUACCCACAGAUAACAUUACAAAAUAGGUAAACAUAACAUUACAUGCGUUUACAGUUAUUAAAAUUAGAUUAACCAAAGCAGUGUAAAAAAUACAUCAUUGCACUUCCCGAGUUUCAUUAUCAAUCAUACUGAGAUGAACGUCAGUAGACUACAGAUCAGAAUAGUGUUUUAUCUUCCAUGUACUGUUUUAAGUUGUCAUGCAAAUAAAUCUAACAUUCUCCAGUAGCAUGAAUUUAUACCAUACUUAAAAAAAAAAAUCUUUCACUUCUAUUUAUAACCAUAAUGGAAAAAAAAAAAUCUAUGUAUGUCACAUUUUGACUGCUAAAUUCCACCUCAGAUGUGUUCAGCAUUUACAUCCUUCUGUUGUGGGGCCUACUGGGGGAGGGAGGAGCUGUUACUUAUGUAAAAUGUAAUUCCUGUCUGGGUUUUUCAUUGUAUUUUCUUAUAAAAGAACACUUUAGGUUGAUCUAACUUUGCUUUACCUCUCCACCUUACUCAGAACUUUUGCUUUUUAUCUGUCACUGUCAGAUUGUAUUUCCCCCUUUGCGUGAUGGAGAAUGUGUCGGUUUACCAUGGAAAAAUCAGCCGUGAAACGGGGGAGAAGCUCUUGUGUGAAGUUGGUAAAGAUGGAAGCUACUUGCUACGAGACAGUGAGACAGUACCUGGCAUGUACUGUCUCUGUGUACUGUAAGUAUUGUGACCACUUACUUAAAUAGGGAUGCUUAGAAAAAGAAGUGUAUUCUACAUGAUAGUAAGACUUUUCAAAUGCCCUGAAAAGUGUGAAAUUAAGUCCCCUGGACAAGCUUAAAAUAACAUUGCAACAGAUGAUGGUGGAAACUUAAGACAAACAAUUUUAAUGUGUAUAUUUUUAUACACAUUAUUUAUCAAGAUUAUUUAGAUUGGAUAUCUUGUACUUCAUGUUGAUGGACUUGAAUUGCUUGUAGAAUGUGACUAUUGUUACAGGCAGUCAUAUUUGUUCUUAUAAAUAUUGUUAUUUUUAUACGAUUGGACAGAUUAUCAUGAGCAGAGGUAGUCAGUCUUUGGCACUCCAGAUGUUAUGGACUACAUCUCCCCUGGUGCUUUGCCUGAUCUAGCAGCAAUCAGUUGCAAUAUUUUUUUUAAAAAAAUAUUUCAAUCUGUAACCCCUUAAGGACACAUGACAUGUGUGACAUGUCAUGAUUCCCUUUUAUUCAAGAAGUUUGGUCCUUAAGGGGUUAAAAACCAAAACAAAGACAAAAUAAAAACCUGUAAACAAAAAGAUACAUAUGUCUUGGCCUACCUGUUUUUACUUCUGCAAAAUUACUUUCUUUUGUAUCUCUGUAUUAGUCUAAUCCUAAGUAAUCCUCAUACAUUUGUAAAACCACAAACCCUAUCUUAUUUUUGAAAAAUAUAUUUAACCUAAAAAAACCUAUAUGCGAUUUGAUAUUUUACAUUUCUUCUAAGCCCAACAGCCCUUUUGCCUCAUAGUCAAGAGCAGGUAUUGUAUCCCUCUUAAACAGUUUUACAAAAAAAUUAUUAUUAUUAUUUCAUUGCAUUGUCGAUCUAAGGAGAUAAGUCCAAGGCUGAACUUGAUGAACUUGAAUAUUUUUCAGCCUAUAACACUGUGUAACCGGGUAACUAUUUGCCGAAGUAUGAUACUAGGUAAAGCAUGAGUAUAUUUAAUUGCGAGUAGUCCCAAAGUCUGCAUAAACUUUGUUCUAUUUUACCUUUAUUUUUUUUUUCUCCCAAAGAUAUAGUUAUCACACUUAAUAUCCAAAUAUUUGUUUAGGUAUUUUACCAAGAACAUCUGAGCUAGUUUUCAAAGUCAUAGUCCCAUCACAACAUAUAAGUAACACAUUUUUUGUGCAAAUCAAUUUCUAUUAAAACCAGUUAGCUCUUGUGCCUUGAUUUGGACAACCAUGCAGUUGUAUCUCAAGGUAUUUGUAGAAGGAUAUUAAUGUUCGGACGUUUAAAUGUACAUAGCUCGUUUACCAUUUUGUGCAAUGAUUUCUUUACAUUUUCUUUGAAAUACUAUAAGAUUUAGAAGAGAUGUUCACAUGCUAUAGACUGUUAUAUUCUUUUGGAAAUUAACAUAUAACCCCACUUGAAAUUAAAAGUAAUUAGAUUUUUUUUUUUUUUAAUUAGACAACAUGUUUUGCAAAGUAAUUUCUUAGAAUAUUUUGGUAAAUUUCUUAGAAAUGCUCAGUGCAUUGUUUAUUCUGUAAUCUGAGCAUUGAAUAAUAUGAACAAGUGCAUAUACAUUUUGUGGGUGUGCCUUGCAACAUUUAUUUGUGUGUAUACUUUCUCAGGCUUUUGAGGACUUGUGUGUGAUGUGGUUAGUUUAAAAAAUAUAUAUAUUCUCAGGGUCUCUUAGAAAACAAAUGGUUAGCCGAAGUCAACAGAAUUAAUCAUUAGUAAGUAGUUUAAAAGUGUGUCUAUAAAUCAUUUUGCAAAGUCAGUACAAAGGUAUUCUUUUUGUAUUUGUUGUAUUUCAUGGGAAAGGAAAUACGUCAAUGUUUUCUCUGUUUUAGAUAAAUGUUCUCUGUUUUGGAAUAUUGUCUGUGUUUUAUUUCAAUUUCUAUCUAACUGGUAGCUGACUUUGUUCCCUAGAUAUGUUUGAUCUACAUCUCCCAUGAUCCUCAGUCAGGCUAAAGGGAAGAUAUAAUUCAUGGGAAAUGUAUUUCUCAUGCAUAUGAAGCAUAAAGGUACUACUGCUUAGCACAUAGACUGAAACUAAACCCUAAGUGUUUAAAAUGUUCUGAAUAACUUAAACAUAUACAGGCUUCCAUCUAUUCCAAGUAAUAACUGUACCUGUGGUAACUGAACAGGCAUUAUACUAUUAACUUCUAUGUGAUAAUAUCUUGGUCAUUUUGUAUAACGUGGUCGGAACACGAUUUACAAAAUGAAAAUGCAAUGCUAAACAAUUAUUUUUUUCAAGAAAAACAAUAUUAUAAAAUAAACCGGAGCACAGUUUAAUAAAGGUGUUGAAUAACCGUCCACUGAUUAAAAAUAUUUUAGCUACACAAAAAAAAAGAAAGGGUUAUUUAGUCUACCAACACUGGACAAACAGCAAUGCUGGAUGUCAUUUUGAAUAUCUGCAUUUCUGAAUAUGUUGAUGAGGCAUAUGCAUUUUUAUAGGAUUCCAUUAACCAUCCUUCAUUUUAAUGGGUUCUCUAAUAUAAUCUGCAAUCUCUAAUUAAUAAGUACAUGUAUCAUAAAGUAAUUUGUAAAUUGAAUCCUGGCAUGUAUCUCAUUAAGUAAUAUAUAUAUUUUAUAUUUUAUUUUUCGAAUAGUGUUUUUUUUGGAAUUUUUAUGAGCUAAUUCAUAUCUUAUAUAUAACAAGCCAUACUGCAGAAUAAGGAAGGAGGGUGGGAAAAUGAUAGAUUCCUUGCUUGUAUAUAAAAUACAUCCCCUAUACCAAGGGUAGGCAACAUUUGGCACUGCAGAUGUUGUGGACUACAUCCCCCAUAAUUCUCUUACACCCAUAAUGCUGGCAAGACAUCAUGGAAGGUGUAGUCCAAAAUAUCUGUAGUGCCGAAGGUUGCCUAUAACUGCUUUAUGCUGUCAUAAGAAUGGAAAAAUACCCUAUGAGUUAUAAUUCUUAAGUAGAUACAAAUCUGCCUUUGUGUCAUCCCUGGUUUAGAGACUGGUUUGAGAUUAUCAUUCCCUUCCUCUGGGAGUCAAUCUUGGCUUUUGGAGUUAUUUGAGAAGCAAUAGGAAUCACUGCACUAUUACAUUUUUCAUUGUCUUUAGAAUUAACCAAUAGGUAAUUAUUUUCUGAUAUCACUGCUUUUACAAAAGUGAGCAAAUGUUGAGACUUCUGUUUUUAAUUUCCUGUAAAAUAAAUGGUUCCCAAUGAUAGGUUUGAAGAACCCUGCGUAAUUAAAAACUCAUAUGCGUUUAUCCAAAUAUGUGUGGUUUCUGCAUACUGGCCAAGAAUUACCAUCUAUCCAUAUUCAGAUUGGUUUAAAACACCAGAUAGUGAUUCAGAAUAGAGAUUUAAGUGAAUCAAUUAUAUUCUGUGUGAUAUUCCAUAUAAAAGCACAUAAAGCAAUGUUUAAUGAAACGCUCCACCUUUUAGCUAAAUUUAUAGAUUUUCAAAAUGAAUUUUGAUAUGAGCUGUUUAAUUCUAUACAUUACUUGCCAGGCAAACAGGAAUUGUCACACAUCGAAAUGAAAUAAGGCUUGGUCAAAACGUUGUGUAAAUACGCACUUGCACACAGAAAGCAACACUAAAUUAUUUGAGACUGUGUAUAAAAACAACAGGUAAAUAAAUCUUGCACUCCAUACUGAGUAAACCAUGCAUUGUGUAAAACUGCGAGGCGAAAUUGCAAAUUAUUGUUCAAAAUAGCCAAAUUAGAAAAAUUCUCCAGAACAGCUAUAUUUCUUGCUCGAUGAUUUUGACCAAGAAUUGUCAAUGGACAGUAAUACCUUCAAGGUAGUGUGUUCAGGAGCUAAUUCACUUUUAAAUGGCUUAUUCAGUAAAACUAGAUAUAAUAGUUAUGUCGAAAUCUGGAACAGUUCAUGAUGGUAUAAAUGAGAUGUGUGGUGUGUAUACCUUUAAAUCUGCUAAAGGCAGAUUCUAUCUGUUACACACCAAACGAUCUGCUUAAUAGAAAGCAACUACUUGUUACAGAAUAACAACAUAAAGAAUGGUUAUCUGUUUGCUAUUAUUAUGCACACAAUUAUAUAAGAAAUAGUGUAUUUAACUUUAAAUCGGCUGGUAGCAGACUGAAUAGUGCAAAAACAGUGCUUGUUGUUUAAAAAUGAUAUAAAAAUUUAUUCAUAAUAUAUAUGGAUAAAAGAAUAAGUAUCCUUAUUCUUUUAUCCAUAUAUAUUAUGAAUACAUUUUUAUAUCAUUUUUAAACAUCUUUAUUUUUCGAAUAGUGUUUUUUUUGGAAUUUUUAUCUGCUAAUUCAUAUCUUAAGGGAUUUUAUCAUAAUACUAAGUAUAGAGAUCAAGAAUUCUAUAUAUCUCUCUACUGAAAACCAACACUGUUUUUGCACUAUUCAGUCUGCUACCAGCCGAUUUAAAGUUAAAUACACUAUUUCUUAUAUAAUUGUGUGCAUAAUAAUAUCAAACAGAUAACCAUUCUUUAUGUUGUUAUUCUGUAACAAGUAGUUGCUUUCUAUUAAGCAGAUCGUUUGGUGUGUAACAGAUAGACUCUGUCUCUAGCAGAUUUAAAGGUAUACACACCACACAUCUCAUUUAUACCAUCAUCAACUGUUCCAGAUUUCAACAUAACUAUUAUAUCUAGUUUUACUGAAUAAGCCAUUUAAAAGUGAAUUAGCUCCUGAACACACUACCUUGAAGGUAUUACUGUCCUUUAUAUCUCCAGGCAGGUUUUGGAUGUAUCCCUGUCUUAGUUCAGUUUUGAGCAAUUCACUUUAAGUCAGACUUCCUCAUCUCUGUGUGUUGCAUUAGGCAGACCAGAUUUCACAUAUUCCAAGAAUUGUCAAUGUUUUCGUGAAUUAUCCACAAUUACGGGGUUAAUGAAUAAGCUUGUAUGAACUUUUUAAGAAACAGGGAAUAAAGGUGAAUUUGGUUUCCCUUUCUUAUUCCCUAGUUAAUUUUCCACUGCUUACUGUGUACUAAAUAUAUGCCUACAAAAAAUUGAAAAAGUUUUACAGUUUAUAAGAUCUGUAUCAUUUUGCAUAUUUUAAAGAAUGAACAUGCUGCAAUAAAAUGAUCUAUAUAACACUUCAUACAAAAUAAAGCACCUGCUUACUGCUUCUUCACACAGCAAGAAAAUAUGAAUUUCUAAUGUUGCAUAGGUGUAACUUUCAUGUCUAGAAAUUGAUCUGCCAAACUCAUUGUGAAACAUAUUGAACGCUUGCAUUGGUUAUAUUUUACUCAGAAACAAAGAAAUAGGGAAUUAAACAAUAUUCAGAUGUCAGAGUAAAUAUUGCGUGUAUUAAGAAUCCAUAUAUAUUUGUUUCUGUUAUGUAUUUUUUUAAUUAUAUAAUAUAUAUAUAUAUAUAAAAAAUAUGAUACAUUUUACAGAUGUGCAUAAGAGCACUACAGAACUGUAGAAUAAAACAGCAGUGACAUGCAGUUAUUUGAUUCGUAUCAGAAAUGGCACAUAAUGCAAAGGUUGAAAUACAAAUACAGCAAUACAUCGAUGCAUCAGUUAGCAGUGCAUUAAGUUAUCAUAAGGUCACCUAACUGGUUAAACAAUUAAGCCAUAAGUCUUCGACUGCAACUUAUAUAAGUGCUUUUCAUUCUGUAGAGUAGACUUUUCAAGAAAGUCUUGAAAAAAGUCUUGAGAAAGGUAGGAAACAAAAAAAGGAAAGGAAAAAGCAUAGAAUUCAGAAGAUAAGAAGGGUAGAGAAAUUAUCAAGGUGCGUGCAAGGUAUAGGCACUCUUCACUUACUGACCGGGUUCCGGUUUUACGACCCGGCCGUAAAACAAAUUGGUCGGUAAGUGAGGAUGCGUUACAGAGCAUGCGUACCAGUGCAGGUCUAUGUUCAGGGAAAUUUUCCCGAACAUAGACAAGCACUGCAGAGCAGGAAAUCCCUCAAAUCUAUGUUCGGGGAACAUUCCCCGAACACAGAUUAGACGGAUUCCCUGCUCUGGUGCAUUUUUUUAUGUUCGGGGAAAUUUACCCGAACGUAGACAAAUGCACCAGUUUGGGGAAAAGUCCCUGAACAUAGACCAGCUCUCUAACGUGGAGAAUCUCUUGAAUCCCCAUGCUGGAGAGCUGGUCGUAAGUGUGAGCCAUCGUAAAAUAGGUAAAAUAAGGUGAGGACCACCUGUAUUGCCUAACAAUUUCCUAUAAGCAUGUGAUCUAGUAUAAAAUGGAAACCUCUAACAUCAACAUCAUCAUGUCUUCAUGGUCAUGCCUAGGUGUUUAUGAUGUCCAAAAAGAGUUGCCCUGAAGAAUACUCUUACAAAGUGGGUACAUUCAUUACCUCCCUCACUCUCUUUUUAAAAUGUAUUUAUUUAUUUUAUUUUGAAUGUAUUUAUAUAUAUGUUCUGAGAAGUCCUCCCAUUAUGUGUGGGGUAUCACGUAUGGUGUUUGAACCAACGUUAGAAUAUCUACCUACAGCCCAGACUUUUAUUAUCUUUUAACCUCUGUGAGAGUUUCUAAAAGCUAACCUUUCAUAUGAUUCAUUUAUAAAAACUUUGAGUAAUAUUUCCUGCUUAGUAGAUAUUUUUAUGGAAUUCCACCCCCUGUCAAUUGCAAAGUUGGCAGUAAUCAGGACAUUAAAGGUUAUUAAUUUGUGAGUAUUUGACAGUCUGGCUGAAUAUGUUUACCUGUUAUUUGUGAAUCAUUUGCCAGAAGGUUCUAAUAGCCCUGCAAUCCCACCAUAUAUGGGACAUUGACCUUUUCUCAUAUAAACACGUCCAACAUUUGUCGGAUGAGGAAGGGUUUAGGUGUGUCGGUACCAUGUACCACCUGCAUGUUAUUUUUCUGUUAUUUUGUUCAAGAAGCAAUGGGUCAUAGCAGGUUGAGAUUACCUUGUCUCUGGGAGGUUUAUUGACGCACAUCUGCUCUAUUAUGGAAAGAUCUGAAUUAGUAUUAUCAAAGUUGAGUUGCAUCAGUUAUGCAUCUAAGUGUGAUUUGAUUUAGAGGUAUUUUUCUAAGGGAUAGCGUUAUCUUUGGACAGUUUAUGAAAACGUAUAAGGGAAUUCCGUUACCACAGUUGGUACAUCUGUUAUGUAGUUUUAUUAGAAUUUAACCUGCUUUCUUUCAACCCUUGUGUUUAUGGUCUAAAUUUAAUUGCAAAUGUAGCAGUGCAGUACAAAAGGUACAUUCAAUUUUAAUAUAGCAGCCUAUUAAGAACCAACCCAAAAACUGCCAACAAGUUCCUUACAAAUACCUAAAAUGGUAAGAAACUGUCCCUAUUAAACAUAAGCCAGUGCUUCUGUGGAACUUCUUUGAGAGCCAGACUGCUUGUCUUGGAUGUUUACACACAAACACAACCUGCUCUGUUACAUCAUCCACUUGAGAUUUCUCUGCAUGAAAUUCUGCUUCUAAUCUGGAUUUUGCAAUAUCUUCAUCCAGAAUUUUUUUCCAGAAUUUCUGUAGUUGUAGUUCUCUCUAUUUUGCAUCAGAAUUAUUGCAGAUUACCCUGAGAAACUGGGAAAUCGGUACAUAGUUCUUAAGUGCCUGCAGAUUGAAGCUCUUUGCAUGAAACACUAUACUACUAUAUAUUUCUUUGUCGAAUGGCAUAUAAAUAGCCACUGUUUUUCCAAGAAACUUUAUUGAAAAUGUCACAGAUGUGGAUAAGGAGUUCACGUGUAGCUCCAUAUCAUUCUGAUUUUCUGUCCCUUUCUACAAAGUCAAAGCACUAGAUUAAAAUAACUAUUGAUAGUAGGUCCACUUGAAUUACUGGAAAGGGUUUGUUUAGGUUUUAGGUUGUCCUCUUGAGUCUGGAGAUUACAUCAGCUGUAUCACGAGCACAAGUUGGUAUUGAUUAAAACAGGAUCUUUAAAAAAUCUCUCAAGCCAUUUGCUGAUUGGCUCUAAGAGUCCACUCCUGGCCAAGAUAAUUGGUCAUCCCAAGGGUUUUUGUGGAUCUUUUGUAGAGUAUAGAGAAUAGGAUACUGAGGAUGUUCCUCAAAGAUAUGCUCCUUUUUUAAUGUUAGCCUAAAUGCCUCUGAUGAUAACCCUUGGGACAAGUGGGCCAAAUAACUUGAUUAGUAGAUGGUACUUGUAACAGAGCUCCUAGUACUCCACCGAGUACCUCCGUUGAUGGAUGCUCCUAGUGCUUCCCGAGGGCUCCAAGCGCUUCUCCAGGCACCAUAAGCACUGCAGACCGAACCUCUCUUCCUGUAGAGAGCAAAGCUGGAACAAGCUCUUAAAAGAGCUCAGUGAUUAUAGCUAGAGGAGUAUACAGAGUAUAGCAAUCCCCCAGUGUAGAUGCAGCCGAUCCCUCAAUCAUGAGAUGAGGCUCUAUGUUGAGGGUCAAAACAGGAAUAGACAGAGCUGUGUUUUUAUUUUUCUUAUAUACACAUUCUUACACAUUAGUACCACCCACAGGGUUUUGUGGAACAUCCAAUCAACACAUAAUAUACAGUAAAACACUCACAUUCAUUCCAGCAAAAUCUUUCCCUCUGCCUGUGAUAUAAUUACUGAACACAAUGGGCUAAUGUAAUUAUCACAGGCAGGAAAAUACACAGUUUUACACAAUAUUCAUAACUUUAAAAGUAUACAUCACAUAAAACUUACAUUUUCAGAAUCAGCAUACUCCAAAAACAAACAUACUCAAAAAUAAGACAAUUCCCUCCAGUGGCUUAAAAGUUAGGUUGAAGUCCUUUGUGACCAACUGAAGCAUGGCUUUCCAGCCCAAACCAGUUCCACAGAGUCCUCUAUCCUGGAGAUAAUUGGCUUAGCAAAAAUACACAAAAAUACAUAAUUCCUAUCAUACUGAACAGAACCCCCACAUUCAACCUAUCCCCAGGUGGCUUUGAUCUGAGCGCUCAAUAUAUCCAAACAGCGCUCAGAUCCCACAAACACAGUCAAAUCGCCAUGGGGUUUUAAAUUUAGCAUGGGCUGAUGAGAGGGGGGCAUAGUCAUGAGGAAGGAGGCUUGCAAUCAGGCUUCUCCAUAACCCGGGGAAGCAGGGCAAUUUGUCAUAAGAGAAAAUAGGGACAAAAUGCAUUUUGUAACACAGGCUUCUCCAGGACUCAGUGGCGAGGUUAGUUUUGCAAACAGUACUUAGUACUUAGUUGGAAUCACUCAAUUGCAUUAAUAUGUCCUUCUGAUAAUCAGCAUAAUUCACUAUAACAUUGCCCAUUCCCUUAUCUGCUGGGUGAACAGUGAUAGAAUUGUCCACUGAAAGACUUUUCAAGGCAACUUUCAACUUUAGGAAUAUAACAAUGUCAUGAUUUUCCCUAUGAAGAUAAGGGAUGCUGUUAGAUUUCACCAAAUGUGAGAAUGCAUUUAUGUAGACAUGGCUGGUGGAUCUAAAUUGGCAUUUAACCUGUACUAAAUCUGUGUGAUCUCUUUUCUACCAAAAUUUAAAGUGUUCCACUAUACAUUUAAGGUCAUGUGGAUCCAGGGUGGGGAUGAAGGAUAAGGCCUUAGACAAAAUGCCCACUUCAGUAUUAUUAAAAACAUCCAAGUGAUUAAUUUAAAAUUGCUGUCAAUUAUCCUGAUCAGAGGCUGGCCUCAUUGAUUGGGUGAUGUUUCCCACUUCCUGAUGUUCCAGCUGAAGUAUGCUGGUUCCUUCUUCCUGCUGGGCCAGGACCACAUAUCAGUCCCAGACCGCUGCCUAAAAAUGUACUCCUAGUAGAACAUCCUUGUAAGGUAGAUGAGACUUGAGAUAUAGGGGUUAUAAGCUGCUAAUUCAGAAUCUAAGAAGAAAAAAACUACUAAAGGCAAGGAAAACCUUAGCAAAAGACUUUGGAAGAGGUUACAGAGGUAGAUAGGGCAUAACCCUUAUAUACAAAUAAUGUAGACUAAUGAGGUUGGUUAACUCCUAAAAGUAGGAAGAAAAUCCACCCCCACUGGAAUUACCUCUAAUUUAAAUUCAAUAUAAGGUAUUCAAUUUAAAGUAGAGGUAAUUCCAGUGGGGCUAGAUUUUCUUCCUACCUCUGGAGUUAACCAACCUCAUUAAUUCAGAAUCUAAGUCUCAUUUACAUGAUUUAUAUUCAACCGUAGAGCUUAUAAAGCCAAAUAUGCAAAGUAUACAUCACAUUGCAGUGUGAUAAACGCUUGGGACUUUCCUCAGGACCCUAAAAAAGGGUCCUCUUGAAAAAAACACAUAAAAACACACACACAGAUUAUAUAUAUAUAUAUAUAUAUAUAUAUAUAUAUAUACACACACACACACACACACACACAAAGCUCGGAUAGAAUCUACUACUGCCUGAACUAUGUUGCUAGAACUCCGACAAUCACCACAUCAUCAAAGUAGGCAGCUGCACAUUCUUUAUUGACUUAAAUAUGCUACACAUCAUUCACUGAAAAGUAGCUGGGGCACCAUGCAAACAAACUGUAUACUGGAACAGAUCCACUAGUGUAGAAAACCCUUCCCCCUCCCAUUAUCCUUUCCAUCAGGAGAACCUGUCAAUAGAUUUUUGUUAAGUCUAAAGUACUUAGAUAUCUUGAACCCUUUAGUCUCUCUAUUAAUUCAUCAACCGAGGCAUAAGCAUCAGACUUAGAAAUGUCAUUCAAUUUCCAAAGGUCAUUUGGUUUGGGCACUAGAGCAACGGGAUUGUUUCAUUCAUUCUGUAAAACUUCAAUUACCCCUAAGUCCAAUAUUGUAUUUACUUCUACUUUAAUGCAUCUCUCUCUGGUAUUCAGUAAAGGAAGGGGUGUUUUUUUCUUUUAUGAUAUUAUUGGAUUGAAGCAAGUACAACUAGAUAUAUUGGUGCUCCCUAGUUGAUUUAGGUAAUGGCCCUACUAAAUUCAUCGCAAUCUGCUCAAAAGGAAUUUUUAUAAUGGUAUUAAUGAGUUAGGAAAACCGAAAACCUUUCAAUGGAUUUCACUAACAUUCUGGAUAGGGUCUACAAAAUCUUUCUUUUUCUGCAAAAAUACUUGCACGCAUCCCAGGUUUUCUCAAUCCCAAGUGUACACUUCUGUGGGAUUUGUGUGGGGUAUAACAGCUCCAUCUCCCCAAUCCUUUUUUAUCUAUUCGAUAAAGCAAAUCAUGUUUUAUCUUACAAUAAGAAAACAACAAAUGUUUAUUAGAAUCAGUGAUAGUUCUCUCAACCGUCUGUACAUUUUCCCCUGCAGCUGUUAAAGCUGUUAAAGUUAGCCUUCCCACAAGGCAGUAUAAAAAUUAUCAUUACCCAUACUAGAAGUACCUCUUUUUCACAUCAAAUAAACAUAAUAAACAUAAAAAAAGGGAAAAUUUUAUCUUCGUCCAGUACCCGUUGACCUUCCCCUGUGAACAUUUCAUGACUUUCUAUGGCCUUUACCAAUAUUCAUCACAAGUAAGGGAAGUCUCUGCCUAUCACCUUGUCAUAUGGCAAAAUAGGUACUGCAACUACAUGACAUUUAAUACCAGUAAUAAUUUGUUCUUCUGCUGUGGGGUAUGAGCGAAUGUCACCAUGUAUACAUACAGUAUCAAGCAAUUGCAACGUUUUUGAUAUUUCAGGUUUAAUCAAAACACUUUUUACCAAUGUAACCCUACUUCCAGAAUCAAUGAGGGCUUGAAUAUUCUUACCGUCAACCUACACAUUUAUUUUAAUGAGCUAUGCUUUAUCGGUAGUUUGGGUACAUUUCUUAGUGCAGCUCUGUCUUCCAGCUGAGCCUCCGAUACACUGCUAACUUGUGUAACAAGCAAGCGGUUCGUAUCCUGCUAAAAUGCAGGAGUCUGCACCAAAGCCUUUACCAAGUUCCUAUUUUUAAUGCAAAUGUCUAAUGGCUUUGCAAAGUUUUCUAUCAGUGGUUCUCGGAGAACCUUUAUAGCCACAGACCAUGUAGUGUUGUGCCUUCAUCCUCAACCACAUUGCUAGCCAAAACAACACUAUCCUCUAGGAUACAGACUGCGGCAGACUUAAAAUCGCAGAAGGGAGACAAUGUAUUCAAUAAAUAAGCAAAUGCCACCACUGGCUUUAAAUCACAUUCACAGAUGUUUAAAAAACUACAAACAAAAACCUAGCUCCUUUAGAGCGCUAGCUAAAUAUUCAACGAUCAUAACUAUCCCGGAUAAAAUAACUCAGUUUUCUCUGAUAAGUUUUACUGCUCACUGCUGCACUGGGAUAACUUGUUUAAACAAAACACUCUAUUCUUUCUAGGAGUCAGCAGCCUGAGAAUUUACAUGCUGUUAAUUCAUUAAUUAGGGAGAGGUGAGUGGAUAGACUAUAAAGGAUUCCAGGUCCUAAAGAUUACCUCCACAAGCCUUCAAGACACUGUGUGACAAUAUAUACAAUAUUUAUAUAUAUCAGAAAAAAGGCCUGAAGUGGCCUUUACAUUGAUUGUUUUAUGAUGUAAUGCACCAAAUAAAAACCACGACAAUCAGACCUAUGAGUGCAAAUAUUUUUUUUUCUGAUAUUUUUCUUAUGCAAUACUGCAUCCAGGCAUUAUAUAUUUUUUGUGUAUUUAUCGAUUGAUUGAGAUAAAUGCCGGGAUUUGAAAAUACAGUGUAUAUAUAUAUAUAUAUAUAUAUAUAUAUAUAUAUAUAUAUAUAUAUAUAUAUAUAUACACAAACUGACUUACAUUUAAAUAACAUAUUAAUGGUAAUGUUUCAUUGAAGUGCUAAUGUGCAAAAAAUUGUUGUUGUUUGUGGUAUAGCUCAGUUGGAUAUAGCACAAAUUAUAGAGUGUUCACACCCCACAGACUAUUCACUAAAUGUUCAAUUGUUGGGAAUUCAAAGUGGAUAAAUAGUGAUUUUCAUAUUAUAGGACAUAAAGUUGAACUAUAAAAAUAUCAUCCUUCAGAGGUAUGAAAACCAUUUUAUUCUAGGUAGUAUUACUGGAGUUUUAAAAUUAAAAUUCUAAAAUAUGUAAUUAUUAAGUGUCCUCAUUAACCCAAUGCUUAUUAUAGUUUAUAGAAACUUGCAUAUACACUUAUUACAUACAGAGACACUCACACAUAGACACAUUCAUACAUGUUGUGGUAACAAGUAAAACUAAAAUAUAUCGUAUCCUGUGAUAGUGAUAGUGAGCAGGAUACAAUAGAGCAGCCAGACGCCAGCAGAAGCAAUUCUCUCCUUCCCCCAUACGGCACUUACGACCUGGGGCCUGACGGACUGCCAAGCAUCUAAGAAUCAGAGUGAGGUUUGGCACGCACGCCAACCUCCCCAGCAGCCGGCAAGUAAUUUCUUUUCGUUCUGAUACAACAGUAUCCACUGUAAUCCUUAACAGUUACAGUGUGUAUGAAGUCAGUUGUGCAAAAUCUGCAUUGGCUAAAGACUUGCUAACCGUUCCUGGCUCCUAUUUUUUGUAUUUGUAUUUUUAUUCCAAUUUUGGAUUAUUCUUUUAUGAUUUUUGUAUUGUGAAUAAAUUUCUACAUUAUCAUUUUUAAUAUUCUUUUCUCAAUAGUGUUUUUUUCAAUUUUUUAUUUGUAUUUUUUUGCUUAUUUGCAUUUCAAGUGACUGUAUUAUAUUAAAUACAGCAAUUACGGAGUUCUACAUAUCUCCUUACUGAAAGUUCAAUACUGUUUUGUGCACUAUUUAGUCUCCCAAUGGAUCACUUAAAUCGAUACACACACCAUAUAAAAUAGUGUGUAAACUAAAAACUCAACAGGUAACCGGUUUUUAUAUGGUUAUUCUGUACUUAGAAACUGCUUUGUAUCAAGCAGAUUAUUUGGUGUGUACCAAACAGAAUCUGCCUGUAGCAGAUUUAAAGGUAUACACACCAUACAUUUUGGUGAAGUUAUCAUCCAGUGUUCUAGAUAUUAGUUUUAUUCAACUAUACCAACUAAGUCACACACAAGUGAAUCUGCUCCUGAACGCAUUACCUUGAAGGUAUCACUGUCCUUUACAAGCUCAUAGACACCCAUAUAUACAUGUAUCACAUGUACAGACACAUACAUUUUUUUUUAUAAAUGGUGAACCCUCACAUUCCCCUGCUGCAUAAGAUUGUCAGAUAUGAGGUUGGAGAGAGAGGAGCUCUGUUUUUUUCUUGUGGUGCCUACAAAUGAAACAAAUUGUACAUGCAGAUAUUUAUAUACAUUUCAUUAUUUCUGCCAUGUACUCGAAUAUAAGACGAGUUUUUCAGCACAAUUUUUGUGUUGAAAAACCCCCACUCAUCUUAUACUCGAGUGAGUGUCUGUAUUAUGGCAACUUACAUUGCCAUAAUACAGACAAGGACUGCCGGGCUCAUUACAAGCCCGGCAGUUCUGUUGGGGGCUGGCAGAGAGCUGUUACUUACCUUUCCUGCAGCUCCUGCCAGCUCCCUUCUCUCUCCUCCGAUCCGGUUAGCUCCCUUCUCCUCCAGUGUAAGUCUUGUGAGAGCCAUGGGGUCAGAGCGUUGCCACGGGUGAAUAAGGCAGUCACACCGCGAGACUUACACCGGAGGAGAAGGGAGCUGAUCGGACCGGAGGGGAGAGAAGGGAGCUGACAGGAACUGCAGGAAAGGUAAGUAACAGCUUUCUGCCAGUCCCCCUCCUACACAGCCAAUGCCACUGGACCACCAGGGAAUGAGAGCCCCCCUCCCUGGCCAGCUAACAAGCAGGGAGGGGUGACAAAAAUAAAUAAAUACAAAUUUAAAUAAUAAUAUAAUAUUUCCCACCAUAGUCUUAUACUCAAGUCAUUAAGUUUUCCCAGUUUUUUGGGGUAAAAUUAGGGGUCUUGACUUAUAUUCGGGUCGACUUAUACUCAAGUAUAUACGGUAUAUCAUAUGCUUAAAGUUAAAUAUAAAUAUAAUAUGAAUUCUUAGCAGAUGUCUUUUGUAAAAACAUUACAGCACUAAGUCUGUUUACAUUGUAGCACUAAGUCUGCCCUCAGUGAAUGUCUACCAGACAACCACUAGAGGGCUUCCAGAAUCCAAUCAGACUUUUGGUCCGUUGUCUGAUGCUGGAUGUCCUCAGGCUCUGCAUGAGGACUUUCAGCAUCAGAUUUUCCCCAUAGGAAAGCAUUGAUUCAAUGCUUUCCUGUGGGGAGGUCUAUUAAGUGCGCGGGACGGAGGAGGGUUCAGAGCUUGAAACCAGAGCCUGAAACCAGAGCCAAAGGACAUUGGUGCUGGGAUAAAGUAAGUAAAUAAAGGAGAUGGGGGGGGGGUGCGGGAAGGGUAGGCAGAGGAAUCAGUAGUGCCAGGAAUACCGUUUUGUAUUCCUGGCACUACAGUAUCUCUUUAAUCACUGCAUCUAAGCGCUAACGUAAUAGAAACUUGUUUAAAAGAAGAACCCAAAAUAUAAUUCACAAUGGAGUAAGGGGGAAGGUGCCAACUAAAGGAAGGAAGAAAAAAUAGGUCAUAUCAUUGUACCCAGUAAUAUGAAUAAGUGCCCACUUCACAGGAGGUGGGUUAUAGUGUUAAAAGUUCAAGUUCAUUAAGUUACUUAAUGUCACCUUAACUGAAAGUAAUGUAAAAACAAAAUAUUUUAGUAUGAACGUGUGAAAAAAAACUGGAGUUUUUGCAAGAGCUGAUAAUUUCAAGUUGUUUUACAGAGAUAAGAUCUGUUCCGUUACCCAACCACAUUACAGUCUGUUUCUACACACAAGCUGUCUCUACAAACAGUCUGUUUCUACACACUCUGAAUUUACACACAAGCAUCCUGCUCAACUGUUAAACCGUACGUCGCUAGAAUUCCAACAAUGCAAAAUGAAGAACUAGUUAAGUUAUGUAAUGUGAUCCAAAACCACAUAUCAUAAAUUAAAACUAUGUUGCAUAAGAAGUGUGGUUAGUUCUUUGUUAAGUAUAAUUUCAAUUAGUAUAAUUAUUGAUAUUUAUAAAAUACCAAAAUAUUCCACAUCACUGUUGUGUCGAGUGGCAUAACUAUCAUGGUUGCCCAUCAUUCCAUGGGGCCUGGCCGCAGACCCCUGCAACCGAGGGCCACCAUAACUUCAGGGCUGGUGUACGUCCACACCGGCCCAGGGCGCGCGGUUGUUGGGUGAAUCGUAGAAGGGGAGAGCUGUGCUGCACCCCCUUCUGCUGCCGUAUGUAGCGUGACCUACCUAACAGGAAGUGAUCACUGACCGGGUACCACAGUCCUCUUGGCCAUGCUACCUGGAGGUGAGGGGAGUGAGGGAGAUAUACAUGGGGGGUGGGAGAGACAAUUGGAGGGUGUGGGAAGGAGAAUGAGUCACAUGGAGGGCAUGGGGAAGAAUGAGAUAGAUGAAGGGACUGAGGGGGGAGAAUGACACAUGAAGUGGCUGGGUGAAUAAGACUCUGGGAGAAGCUGGAUGGGGGGGAAUGAGUCACCUGGAGGGGGAUCUGACAAAUGAAUGAUAGACCCAGGGCCCAGUGAUUUUUAGUUAAGCCUCUGCUUGUGUCCUUUUCCACUUUCUUGUUCUUUCCAAAACAAGAAAGCAGUGUGGAGUUUUCCUCCAACUGGCAAAAUUCAGGCCAAAACUGUUCAUUUCUGGAAGAUCAUGGGUCACAUAAUAAGGAUCAAUUUUGUUUGCUGAUGUCUCAUCAAACUUGUCUGUUAUUAUCAGGAAGCAUUUAUGCAUAUAAAUAUUUAGAAUAAACCAAGUGAAAUAAGGAUAAGGAAAGUCAAUUACAAAUAAAUUAAGGCUUAUGACUGAUCGUGUCUGCCAAAUAAGCACUUCUCUUAAAUUAUUGUUAGUAUGCAUGAUGGGUUGAUGAAACAAACAUUUCCAUGCCAUGUAUAAAAAGUGAUAACAGUUACAGUAGAUCUGUAUUUCCUGUGUAUAGAUAUAUAUAUAUAUAUCUUUCAAUGCUUUGAAGCUAGAAGAUUCUCAGAUUUUAACAAUUGUUAUGUCAUUUAUUGAGCUCUAACAAAUUCUUCAAUUAAGAUUUUUUUUAAAAAGCUCACAUAAUAAAUUCGUUCUAAUUGCAUUUGGUAGAAUUCUUAGAGUUGAAACACAUGUACGCUAUUUUUCUGGGCUGUUCUAAUUCUAGGCUACAGCCACGUGACACAGCCUGGAAGCCUUUAUUGACAUAUGUUUUUAAAUGAUUCAUUAUUGAAUUGUGAUUUUAUAGUAAAUUGCACCAAUCUUAACAUUAUUCACUUGAAAAUCACGGCCAUUUAAAUCUUAAGAUUUAUAACUACACUAGAAGUUUGUGCUAUUAUGCUUGUUAAUGGGCUAAUGUUGAGUGCUUGUGAGGGAUACAUAGGGUUACUUAGACUUCAGAGGCAUGGGUUAAGGAGAAACUAUACUUAGGGGUAACUUAUUUUAAGAUGUUUGGACUGCAAUUUUAAUCACUAGCCAAAGAACCAUGUGAGUUAUAGUCCACAGAAUCUUAAAGGCACAAAUGCUCAGGACUGUAACUAUGAUUACAAAAACUACUCUGACCACCCUCCUGUCACCUUCCCCUAACUGAAUCUACACUCUCCCUAGGCCUUAUUCCCUCUGUCAUCAGUGAAGAUCUUUACAUUGCUGUUAAUAAUGACAUUGCAAUUCAAAUGCAGAAACAUUACUGACUUGCUAUGCAUGACUAUUGCAUUUAAGUCACCGUUUCACUAGUAUCGACACUACAGCAUAAAGGAUCAUUCAUAGACAUGUGUACAUGAAUGUGAAUGAGUGUUCAGCUGUUUCUUGUGACUUUACACCAACAUGUCAUUUGAUUUCACAGCUACUUGCCAACAACUCCAAAUUAUAUGCUCAGUAUAGUCUGACAGCCCUGCAACCCCAAAUACUGCCUGCUGCCUCUUUUCGGCAGGUAUACUUCUCCUCACACAUCCUGCCACUUUUAAAUUUAGAAGAUUAUUUCUGUGAGCCUGCAGCCCCCAAACCAUGAAUGCUUGUUGCUUAGGAAGAUAUUGCCCCCGCUCCCUUACAACCCCUUGGCUGUAACAUACUGACAGAUUUUUAGAUUCAGCUAAGUUAAUUUAGGUUUCAAGUAAGGUUUGGCCUAAAUGUUUAAAUCUGUUUGGUGAUCCAUCAAAUUUGCUUUGUACGUAAUUACUCCCUACAUGAUAAAUAAUGAUUAGCUAUAUUUUCAGUACAAAGACGAAGCUAAUGCGGUUAUGAAGAAAAUGUUUGACAUCCCAGAUAUUUUAAAAUAUUCCUCACGAAUGGUAGAAAAGUAGGCUCAGUUAGUCUCCAGUUGACAUCCCAGUAAAGAGAAAAACUUGCUGCAAACAGAUAAUUAUUGGAUCAAUAACAAAAACAAACACUUGCUGUAUAGCGCAAACAGAGUUUUUGCCCAUCUGUAGUGUGAACAGGUUUAACAAAUUAUUUUUAAAAGUGUUGAAGGAGUAAUAAAAUAUACAACUUAAUCACCAUCCAUCCCUGCAUCAAGGCCUUUUCAUUUUACUCGGCUCUACCCACCUACACUCGUUCCUUCUAAUUAUAUAGCAUGCUCUUCCAGCUGUUUGGAACCACAGCCAAUCACCACCUCUUUCCCUUCACAUGCUAUCAGCUGCUGCAGCUAUUCUGUUAACUCUCUCUGCUACCUCUUGUCUUAUCUCCCCAGUUUACCCUUUAGAUUGUAAGCUCAUGGGCAGGGCCCUCUACCUGUUGUAUCGGUCUGUUCUUAUUGUGUUGUCUUUCCCAACUGUACAGCGCUGCGGAAUAUGUUGGCGCUUUACAAAUGCCAGUAAUAAAUAAAUAAACAUAGUCUUUAUGGUUACACAGAUUUGAUGGGUACACUAUAAAAAAAUAUUUCACAGAUUUGAAAAUAUAAGAGACAACAUUUAGGGCAUUUAUUUCUUUGGAAACACUUUCAUUAGUUGAUCUCACUUUAUUUAUAGGCACAAGGAUUUAAUAUAUACCUACAGAGUUCAUCAAACAACAACUGGUUCAUGGACAGCAGAAGUAAGUGUUCUUUGUUUAUUUUAUAAUCAAUUAAUAUUUUUCCUAAAAGUACAACGUGAAUAUAUUGUUUCUGUAUUUGACAGUUUCAUGUAGUACUCUGCCAUUUUCAAUUGAAUGUAUCCAAUGUUAAGAAUACUGUGUGCUUUCAAAGAAAACUAGCCUAUUGAUUUCCAUUGAUAUUCUCUCUUUGUACCUCGCAAGUACGAUCCAUCCAUACAACCAUCCAUCCAUCCACUCGCCCAUCCAUUAUUAUCUUUAAGAAUGUAGUCAAUGAAUACCUAUUAAUCAUACCCAUCAGUUUGGGUCACCAGAGGCUAUCGUAAUUAUUGACACUGUGCUUUUGGCUAUUUGUAUUGUGUUUGCUGGUUUUAUGAGUAUUUGACACUUUAAAGGGACAUUCUGGUCACCAUAACAACUUAAUCUAAAUUAAGUUGUUAUGGUGCCAGUAGGCGCAUGGACACACUCUUACCUUAGGGGGUUAAACCGUUCUCAAGCUGCAUUCUGCUCUUUUUGUAACUGAAAUUCAUAAGCCAGAUAUCGCUUGGAGGAUCUGUUGAUCGGCGUUGGAGGCAAACAUUUGAGUUAAACCGGUCAAGAGCAGUUCAAUCCCUUAAGGUAAUAGUGCAUCCAGGGGACUCUUGGCACCAUAACAACUUCAGUGUUCCAUUAAGCAAAUUUUUACAAACUAAACAUGUUUAUCAUGACUAUUACAAUAUUAGUUUACAUGCUUGCAAAUCAGUAAGAGUAUGAUAUUUUUCUUCUGUCUUUAUAUCUCCUUCAGUGGCAGCUGAUGUUGGCAGCCAACCAUGCCAACUGCAGUCAAAAUAACUAAAUGGGAAAAUGCUUAAUCUAUAUGUCCAGGUAUUUGUUCAGCUCAAGAUAGUAGUAUAUUGUUUUUUGUUCCAUUUUAGGGAGUUUAGCUCAGAUUUUGUAGCAAACUUUAGCUUUAAACUUGCAUUUCCUUGUGAAUUCCCAUCAUUUCAUAGUUUAGUGAGUAGGUCUGCAGAUGGUAAAGCUAGCCUAAAUGCAACCAGUGGUGAAAGAUUUGGUACAAAAAGCUUUAAUUGGAAGUGAAUAAUGUAUAAAUGGCUACAACUCUCUCUUUUAUUUAACACAUUGAACAAUGUAUCAACAUGAACAUGUAUGUACACAAGUAUACCCCAAAAUCACAAAUUAAUGUGAAACGCCAGUAUCAACUGUGAAAACAUCCUGGCUGAAGGACAGAAGGAGGUAGCUGUUUCAGGAAAUAUUUUUGAUUAGGUUAAAAGAGAAAGAGGUUCUAGAGGAAGCAGGGAAAAAACACACUAAUGAACACAGAUGUUCAGGAGAGCCACAACAUAGAAACAAAUUACAUUAUAUGCACAAUACAAAAAAGUGGGGGAGUACGAAAUGGACAGAAUAAACAAAAUAAUGGCACUCAGGGAAAAGGCACUCAUAAUGGGCACAGGGUUCAAUAAAAUGGCAUUUGAGGAAGGGGGAAUGAAAUGGUUGAUGGGUGCAAAUAAAAGAAACAUUGGAAAGGUACAAUACAAGAUAGCUGCACAAAGCAAAAAAAAAAUGACAGAGAAAAUGGUAAAUAUCUGGGUCAAAGAUAAGGUACACAGGAACUAUGUGAGUCAAGCAAAAGGCACGCAGAAACCACAGUCGUCCAUGAUUUGUACAGAAUACUGGGUUAAGCCUCAAAGGUGUGGAGGGGGAAAGUAAAACUGAGGCAAAAGGGUAACCAUAAGAGGAAUAGACGUAGGAAGAGUUAAUACAAAUAAAACCAUAAAUCAUAACUGGAUUGCCUGUAUACACAUAGCAACUAUGAUCUAAUCUGUAAGAUUGUGGACUAAUAAUCAUUUCAUAUUUUAGGGUAAUUUUAAGUGGUGAAUUGAUAGAUGAAGUAAUGCCCUACCUAAUAAGUGAUAUUUUUUAUUUUAUCAGAAUAAGUGUGAUGUCUACUAAAUGAAACACGUAUGAUUUUCAUUUUCAUGUGCCUAUUUAUUAUUUUCACUGAAAACAUAAUUAUAACAGUAUGCAUUAAAUAUCUGUCAUAUGAUGGGUGCACUCUUGUAAGACUCUACACCCUCAUUUUUUAAGUGUCACUUGGUGUUACCUCCAUAAUGUUAAAUACUCUUUUCCCAAUGUAGACGUUCAUUUUCACUGAUGCACAAGUUGCCUUUUAAUUGUUGUUCAUGAAGAUACAACAGUAGAUCCGUUAGCUGACAGCUUAUCCAUGUACAAUUUAGAUUUCCUAACAGCAAAUGUAUAUGCUGCCGAGAUGUAAGGCAUACACAAUAAAAAAAAAAUUAAAAAACACAAACGUGAUAGUGUGGUGGUGAUGGUAAGAGUAAGAGUAGUUUUUUUACAUAAAGACAAAUAGAUUAUAAAAAAAAGAAGCAUACAAGCAGGGCAAAAAGUGUCUGAUUGAUAGCUACAUAGUGACUAAUAUUACUGGGAAUUCCCCAAGGAUGAUGUCAGUGUUCUAGUUGAUAACAAAGUAGUGCCAAAAUAAGUCACCAUUUAUUGAAUGGGUUUUUUUUUUAUGGGGUUCCCAGUUUAACACCCAUUUCUCUAUAUCAUAUGUGGUGGGUGGGUGGUUAGUAAUCAAUGUCGAGAAGGAACUUGAUGAAUUGCCUCUACCUCUUCAUUCAUGAGGUUGUAGGUUGAAGUUUUAAAAUGUAGGUUGAAGUUUAAUAUGUUCCUCAAGACCCUAACUCAAAGAUCACACGGCUAAGGAAUGCCUAAGUCCCCGAACCCUAAUACCAAUAGUACCAGAUACCUUCUGAGAAUUCUCUGAGCCAUCUAGCACUAUUAAAAUAACCUACCAACCAGAAAGGAUAUGGUGAUUCCAGCUCCCAUGGACCUUAACCCCUCCUGGUGGCUACAAGGCCCUGACCACCAAACCCGAUUUUAAACUAAGCUUUAGGACCAUGUAUUGAAAAUUCUGUUUUCCAAAAACGAAAUAAAAUCAAUAAAAAUUUAUUUUGUUAAACCAAAAAACAAACGUUAGCUUGAAACCUUUUAAAAUAUGAAAAACCACAAAGAGGCUAACAAAUGGUCUAUGUAAUCCCAUUUCUGGUGUUUCAUAAUUUGCAGGAGUGUAACCUCCACUAACAUAUGUACUAGUAACCUUAUCUAUAUUUAUUGUAUGUAGUGUUUUCUAAACACACAUGUGCUUAAAACAUUUUACGAACAGGAUUAUUCACUUAAGUAAAAAUUGCUGGGAAUUCAAAGUGAAUUUCAAAAUUUAGGCCAAAAUAGCUGAAUUAGAAAACCUCUCCAAAUUAAUUCUGUUUCCAUUUCGUCUAUUUUGGCUUUAAAUUUGAAAUUUACUUUGAAUUCAUGGCAAUUCUUGCUUGCGUAACUAACCCUGUAAAUGUAUAACAAUUUGAUAUAAAUAAUGAGAUUGAAACCUAAUCAGGACAAUGUACAGGAGAUGCUUUAAAAAGUUAAAAUGAUAGAGUACAGAUGAUAGUUAAUUACUGUGUUAAUUUAAACUGGUGUAUUUUACAGGCUGCCCCAGGUGUACCACGAAGAAUGUUCAGAAAAGUACAGAAUCUUAUUUCUGCAUAUCAAAAACCAGAUCAGGGGAUUGCCACUCCCCUCCAAUACCCAGUAGAAAGGAAUACACCAAACAUAUCACAAGGUAAUGCAAACCCUUCGGUUAGUUGUAGAUUAUCAACAGGAUGGACUGUUCAGAGUUUGUAAGUUAGCUUGAACUUUGUGGUUUUGCUCUCUCCAAGUUUAAAGGGUAACACAGACAUGGACCCUUGAACACGGUGCCUAUAGGGGUAUCCGUUAUUCCUCACUGACCAAGUCUAACAAGGAUGAAACAAUUGUCUGGGGUUUCUAUUUGUCUCAUGUAAAGAGAGGCGGCCUGCAUUUCAUAUCUGGACCACCAUUUUUGGUGGGUUCAGUCUGAUAUGCACAUCCUAGUUCUUUUUAUAAUGGCACAAUAUAAGCUAAAAUCAGCUUGAGACCUGAGCAGGGACCCACCGAAGGGCAGGCCAUUUGAGCUGUUGUCCGUUCUCAGUACUCUCUUGCACCUCGUUUUUUUAACUUGUUAUAUUGUACAUAUUGAACAUAGAUUACCUGAAUGAAAUCUCUAAGCUCUGGGACAUUGGUUAAGAUGUUAUAAAUAAUUCACAAUUAUCCAUCUAUGCUAUUUACCAUAAUAUAAAAUGAAUACUGUACAAGAAAAAAAAAUUAAACCAACUUAAACAACAUACAAUGGAAACUGAAAUGUAAUAAAAAUACAAAGUACAAUUAUUAUACAAUUAAUAUGGAGAAUCCAAAUGAAUAAAUACCAUAAAUGGAACAUUAGCUGAAAAGUAGCAUAUGAGCUAAUGUAAUGUUGAUGACUAGAUGAAUGCUGCCCUCUAUUGGAAAUCAAAGGAUGCUCCUCGGGCUUAUACGUGCAGCUACAGUUCUUAUUUUAUUAAACUACAUAUUUAGAAUGCCAGAGCCCAUGACAUAAUUUUCAUCUCAGUGCCUAUGUAGUACAUUUCUACUCAAUUUAUAUCUGUAUUUUUGUUUUUCCUGCAGGCUCAUUAUUAUUAUUUAUUACUAUUACUAGCAUUUAUAUAGCACCAACAUAUUCUGCAGUGCUUUAAAAUAAAGAAAGGGGAUAAUUGACAAGAUGUAAAUGACAUACAAAAAUUAAUAGCGAUAAGAGUGGAAGCAACCCCUGUUAAACUGAACACACAAUCAAAUGUUACAUAGUAACCUAUAUCACCCUAAAGCACCAUUUUGCUGAUCUGGCCAAAUUGGUGCCUUCUUGUCCUGCAGAUUCUCCUAAGAGAAAACUGUGCUUUAUGGGCCACUUGGUCCCUAUUCUCCCUUUCGAAGAAAGUCUCAACCUGGUUUGUCUCUUACCUCUAACCCCACACAAAAGGGGUAAGAAGAGGGGGCAAAAUGUCAGGUGUUUUUACCUAAGUUGUUUUGUUUUUUUUUGCAGGAGAAAACACUUUCUUUUUAUUUUUUUAACCCCUUAAGGAUGGCAGGCAUUCUAUGCCAUCCGUUUUAGGUGGUCCUAAAUGCCGGCAAGCGGCAUAGAACGUCCCCACCGUCCUUUGUACUUAUUCGGUCCCUGCCAUCCUGGGGUCGGCGGUUGCGAUCCUGGUGUCUGCCUGGGAGCUCAGGCAGAUCCCCUUGUGGAGUCCUCGCGAUCACAUGGCCGGAAUAGACGGCUUAUGCUGUGCCUGCAGGGGGACUGCCUGAGCUCUCAGGUUGUCACCCUCAUGCCUGUAAAAAGUUAGAAAAAGUUAUUAAAGAGUUCUUAAAUUAAAUAAAAAGUACUUAGAUCAUAUAUUUGGUCUAAGUACUUUUAUAUACACAUACAUACUUAAUAAAAGUGUAUUUUAAUAUAUAUAAUUAUCUAUAUAUUAAUAUUAAAAUACACUUAAAAUGAUGUUAUAUAUAUAUGAUUAUUAUAUAUAAAAUAAAAAUAAUCAAUAAAUACAUUGCAAAAAUGUAAAAAAUUAAUUAUAAAAAUACAUUUAAAAAUGAUAUAUCAGUUUUAAUUUGUUCUAACUGUAUUUUGAUAAUAUAUAUAUACACACAUAUAUAUAUAUAUAUAUAUAUAAAAUUUCAAAUACAUUUAUAAUGACAUUAUAAAUACAUAUAUGUAUAUAUAUAGCUAUAUAUAAAUACAAAUUAUUAAAAAAUUAUAUAUAUAUAUAUAUGAUUAUUAUAUAUAAAAUAAAAAUAAUCAAUAAAUAUAUUGAAAAAAUACAAAAAUAAUAUACCAGUUUUAAUUUGUUCUAACUGUAUUUUGAUAUUAAUAUAUAUAUACACAUAUAUAUAUUACAUUUCAAAUACAUUUAGAAUGACAUUAUAAAUACAUAUAUGUAUAUAUAUGGCUAUAUAUAAAUAAAAAUUAUUAAAAAAUUAUAUAUAUAUAUGUAUACAUAUGUACAUAUAUAUUUAAAUUCUACAAAUAUAUUUAUAAAUUUAUUAAUUACAAUCUGAGGGACUUGCCCGACAACCCAGGCAGAAAGUCCAGAGAAUUUGGCUCGCAAGAACUAUAUUUAACCCUGUAACUUUCCAGGACACCAUAAAACUUGUACGUGGGGGUACUGUUUUACUCAGGAGAUUUCACUGUACAAAAAUAUUUUUGCGUUUAAACAGUAAAACAGUAACAGUAAAACACAUCACAACGACGAUAUCGUCAGUAAAAAUACAGCUUUUUGCAUUUUUCACACACAAAUGGUACUUUCACUGAUGAUAUAAUAGUUGUGAUACAUUUUACUAUUUUGAAACACUAAUAUUUGUGUUUGGUGAACUCUCCCGAGUAUAACAGUACCCCCCAUGUACAGGAUUUAUGGUGUCGAAGUUACAGAGUCAAAUAUAAGGCUUGAAUUUCCUUCUUUUCACAUUGAAAUUUGUCAGACUGGUUGUGUUGCCUUUGAGACCGUAUGGUAGCCCAGGAAUGAAAGUUAUCCCCAUGAUGGCAUACCAUUUGCAAAAGGUAUUACAAAUGGGGUAUAUCCAGUCUUUUCUAGUAGCCACUUAGUCACAAACACUGGCCAAUGUUAGAGUUCAAUUUUGUUUUUUGCAUUUUUUACACACAAACAAAUAUGAAGGCUAACUUUGGCCAGUGUUUGUGAUUAAGUGACUACUAGAAAAGACUGUACAUACCCGUGUGUAACACCUUCGGUUGUCUACUUUUGUAAAUGGUAUGCCUUCAUUGGCAUAAUUUUCCUUCCUGGGCUACCAUAUGGUCUCAAAGGCAACACAACCAGUCUGACAAAUUUCAUUGUGUAUAAACUGAAAAAUGUAAUGUGCUAUAUUUGACCCUGUAACUUUCCAAAACACCAUACAACCUGUACAUUGGGGGUACUGUUUUACCCGUGAGACAUCGCUGAAUACAAAUAUGUGUAUUUUAUUGCAAUAACAGCUAACAGUAUUGUGACAUUCACAGUUAAAAUGCCAUGCAGCACUAAAAAAAUAAAUAAAUAAUAAUUCUAUUUUAUUUAUAUUUUAUUCAUAUUAAAUUAUGUUUAAUAUACAAAUAUUUGAUGUGACAUGAAGGCCCUGUUUCUCUUGAACAAAAUGAUAUAUGAUAAGUGUGGGUGCACAUAAUAUGAAAGAGGUGAAUUACGCCCAAAGAGACAUAUAGCGCAAAUUCAAGGUUUUGUUCAAGUUUUGUUUUGAUCACAACUUGUAGUCCUUAAGGUGUUAAAUCCCCAUCUGCCAUGCAGAAGAACUCAAAUUAGCCCUGGUAGGAAAGUUACUGUCUCAGCAUCAUCAAAUUCAGUGCUAGCCAUUGAAGGUUUACUCAUGUCCAUUCUUUUAUGAUAUGAGAUGGCUGUAUUUGGUGCUGAAGGGAAGUCAAAGAUAAUUGAUGCUUGUGACGGACCAUCAGGCACCCCGACCGGGUACCUCCGUUAAUCCCUGCUUCCUAGUACUUGCGAGCACCAUAAGAACUACACUGGAACACCAUAACCACCGUAAACCCCACAAAUCGCCACAGCUUGGUUGGGGUCUUGCUGUCCUCCACCCACCGUGUAUCCAAGACCAGGAUCCAGCUUCCAGUGGGUAGACCUCUCUUGGUCCAGAGAGUGAAUCAGGCUACUCUUAUAAGAGCAAGUGUUGUGAUCCAAGGGAGUAUAGUGAUCACAGCAAUCCCCAGAGUGUGAAUAUAACUCCCCCAAACAUGAGCUUGGACUUCAUGAAGGGUUAAAUGAAUCUCGUUUAAUGGUAACCACAACUGGCCUUUUAAGACAGUUUGAAAGUAAACCACAGUAGAAACAAAUACACAAUCACAUUGGCUCUCAGGUCCAGGACACUCCUAUACAAAAUAUGUCAAUCCCUCCCCUAUGCCUGGGAGAUAAUUGAGCCAAGCACUAUAUUAAACUCAAUUAUCUCCAAACACAAAAAACACACAUUUAUGCAAACCCCCCAAAAUGCCUUAAAACACACAUAUGUGUGGGAGUGUGCUGUGUGUGUGUGUGUCUGGAUGCUGUGUGUGUCUGGGGGGUGCUGUGUGUGUGAGUGUGUGAGUGAAUGUAUUUUUAAUUUAAAUUUAAAUAUAUAUUUUUUUUAUUAAUAAAAAAAAUAAAAUAAAUUAUAUCCCCCCCCUCCCUUCUUACCUUUAUCCUGGGAGAGGGGGAGGAGAUCCGUUCUGCCAGGGGUGCCAUGAGGGGAGCCAUGCUGCCUUCCCUGGUGGUCCAGUGGUGAGAGUGAACUCUAACCUGCGGGUUAGAGUUCACUCUCGCGAGAUCUGAGCGUUGCCGUGGUAACCGCGGCAACGCUCAGAAUCCCGCGAAAAGGACCCGGCGGAGCUGCUUGUUAGAGCUCUGCCAGGUCCUCUCUCUUGCCUCCCUCCCUCUCCUGCUGGCGGCCGGUUAUAAAUGCCUGUGGGCCGGUAAAGGGAGAUCUUUGAUCUCCCAACCGGCCCAUGGAGGCACACAGCAGGGCCGGCGCUCGGAUAGCGCUGGCCCUGCAGAGGCCGGCCGGAGAGAUCCCUUGCCGGCCUCGGCCCCACGGCCAUCACGGCCCACCGGGCAUUUGUCUGGUAUGCCCGAUGGCCAGUCCGGGCCUGUACACACUACACAAACACACACUCUGCAUUCAUUAAAAUACACACACACUACACAAACUUUUCAUUCAUUAUACACACACACACACACACACACACUGCAUAAACACACACACACACUGCAUUCAUUAUAUACACACACUGUCAAUAAAUAUUCAAAAACAUUUAACCUACUGAUGCCUCAAUUAAUGUAAUUUUAUUGUUAUCUAUUUUUAUUUUUUAAAUUUACCAAUAGCUGCUGCAUUUCCCACCCUAGGCUUGUACUCGAGUCAAUAAGAUUUCCCAGUUUUUGUAGUAAAAUUAGGUGCCUCGGUUUAUAUUCGGGUCGGCUUAUACUCGAGUAUAUACGGUAAUACUUGCGUAGUUAAGGAAAUUGCUAAGGAGUUUCGUUACUAAUCAGUGGAUUUGAGUUUUUUUCAGCCUAACCAUUAAAUGUUUAUUGUCAAACACAACUCACUCUUUAGUGAAUGGACCAAAAUGGAUCAAGACAGCAAAGUGGCACCACCUUUGGCGAUACACUAGCGCAGGCAUAGGGAACCUUCGGAACUCUAGAUAUUUUGAACUAUACCUCCCAUGAUGCUUUGCCAGCAUUAUGGGUGUAAGAACAGUAUUGGGGGAUGUAGUCCAAGGUUGCCUAUCCCUGGCUAGUGUAUAUGUGUUUUUUUUGUUAAACAAUAAAAUUAUGCAUUUUGCUACUUCCUUUUUCUGAUAUCACUUUUAUUGAUGUACUGUUUGGAGAAUGCCGUGACUGUAAUAUACUGUGUCUUGGGAUAUUACACUGUAUGUGUGUGAACAUUAAACAACUGAUAAACAGAUUCUGAAAUUGUUCUUUUUAUCAUAGGAUAACUGACU